CAGAUUUCAUCAAGGCAAAAUAAAGGAAGGAAUCCACAUUCCCCAGUCAGAUUUCUUCCUCAACUUCCAGAGGUGAGUCUCUUCUUUAGAAUUAAUUUUUUGUUAAGGUGAUUCCAUAGUAAAAGAACCUAACAUAGAUUUUAGCUAAAACUUGGUACACUGAUGUAACAAGUCAAGAAGAUGAUAAAAAAGUAAUAAAAAGUGGGGGUCACCGUGCUCGUUUUGACGUCACAAUGCUGACAAAUACGGCUAUUUAGGACCCUUUUACAAAAACCGCGGGCAGCGCAAAACUAGACAAAAAGGAGAGAUUUUUUCGAUGAUGCAUGUGACAUCACACAGAAUUUGACUUUAAUGUAUUGUUUAUCCACUUACGUACCAGAAAAAUGCCUUUUAAUGCCCUUGUUUUUACUUUACGCUCCAAAGUAGAAUUAAAUUGGACGCGCGCUUUUCGACCCGUGAUGGCUCAAUCCGUACAAUUUAGUAAAAUUGCCAAAAAACUGAACAUAGAUUUGUGCCAAUUUUUUUCUCAUCAAAAGGAAGCACUGUCCUUAUUAAAAUCAUGAAAUAAAAAAUGGGGGUCACCGUACUUGUUUUUGCGGUAGAGCUGCAGAAAGUGCGCACCAAACGCAUUUUCUCCGAUUUUUGAGAGAGGACUGGGGCGAGUUUCAAAAUAGAAUGUAUGUGAAAGGGGGAAGAAAGUAUUAAAAAAUCCGUUUUUACGGAAUUUACAUCGAGAUAUCACAUUUAGGACACAAUGUGAUAAAGAAAGUGUUUAAAUGAAAAUCAAAGUGAGUAAGCACAAGUUAAACAUCCACUAUCGAGGUUCUCCGAGAGGAGGUCGAACUCAGCAACACUCGUACUGCUGACGUUAUGCACAUUCCCAACACAUUGAGUCUCACCUCAGCAAGAAACAACAGCAAGCAAAAAUUCCAAUAGCGUUUCUCUUCAGUCAACUUCAUUUUAAUAAUAUUACUUCACAUGCUCUUUUUUACGGCAGCCAUCUUGCUAUGCGCAGUAAGAGAUGCGCAGUGCAAAACUAGGGAAUCACCUUAAGGAAAUGGGUAUUAAACUGCAGUCCCGGGACUGCAGUACCAGCGCGUUUUUUGCUUCUAUCAGAGAAGCAAUGUAAACUUCUGUCUCUUAUGAAAAUAAUGAUGAUAGGACUGAUUGGAGUCCAGUUUGGACUGUAAUCAAAGGAGUUAUAAACAAUAUUAAACAGGACGACUGUGUAGCAGGAGUCUGAUUUGUUUAAUCACGGGUAUGAUUUCAGACCAAACUGGAUGACACAAAGUUUCAUAUAAUUUAUCAGUUAAUCGUAACUAUAAUAAUUUGUGAUAUUUUAGGCUUUUUAAAAUCAAAACACAAGAAAUUCUGAGAGAUUUUUUGUUUGCUGUGAAAAAAGCCAUUUACAUGUAAGCACGCACCUGAUGGUGUGUACUGUCCAAUUACUUAGGCAUGACACGUAUUGUCCUAUUACACUGUCCUACAAAAACGUAUUAGUGCUGAAAUCAGGACAGUUGAUAGCCAAUCAGAUUUGUGAAUAAUUUUGUUAUAGUUAUGAUUAGUAUGUGUAAUCAAAUGGUGACGAGUGAAAUUAUUCCCUAAUUUCACGAGUAUACCAUUUGAUUACCUAUUAAUAUCAUGGGUGAUGAAUUACAUUACCAAUCUUGGAUUUUUGACAUGUUUAUCCUGGAUCGUAUCAAUCGAGAACUCCACUCUCUCAAAUGUUUAGACUUUGAAUUUGGCUUAUAAGUAAUGGUAACAGGACUGAGUGGAGUCCAAUUCGGUCUGUAAUCAUACGAGUGAUUAAUUAUGAUUACAGACCGAAUUGGACGACACGAAGUUCUGUUACCAAUUAAUCAUAACUUUAACAAAAUUUGUGAUAUAUGAGGCUCUGUUUUUAAUCAAAAGACAAAAGACAAGAAAUUCUGAGAUUUUUUUGCUAGCAGUGAAACAAAAAAAGCCAUUUAAGCGCGCGCGUGAUGGCGCGUACUGUCCAAUUACUUAGGCAUGACGCGUACUGUCCUAUUUAAUUGUCCAAUUAAGGCUGAAAUCAGGGCAGUUGAUAGCCAAUCAGAUUUAAGAAUUUUGUUUUAGUUAUGAUUAAGUUCAGAAUUGUUCAGACUUUUUCGGCAAAAUACCUGUUAGAAUCCUUCUUGAUGUUCUCUUGUGUGUUCAGGUUUUCUGAAGCGCCUUUUUAUACUCUGACAUCUUCAUUCACGGCAUUUUAAAACUUUGUCGCCAUCUUGACACUGAGACGUAUGGAAGGGUUGCCAUGGAAAUUUUGUAAUUUCACAUGUGAAAUUACAAAUUAAUGCUGAAAUUUCGCGCCAAAGUAAUUCGUCACUUAUGAUAUUACACUAGAAAUACAUGUAUCUCAGAGCCUUGCAAGUUUGAGGGAGGAGUUAGGCUUGUAAAACAAAUGUCAGGGAUGGGAGGGUAGGAGAGAAAUGGAGUCAAUUGUGUAAUAAUUAUUGUAGUUUCAAAAGUUAAGGUACAAGUACCUUAUAUUUAAAAUAAAAAUACUGUGCAUUAGUACAAAUGAUUUUUUUUGUCCCUGUCAUUAACUUACCUUUUUUGAAAGUGCAACAUUUAACCAAAAUAUGUUACAGUGAAGAGCAGUGAAUUUUUUGAUUUGGACAAAGACAUGUUUUAUUUUUAUGUUUAGUCAUUGUUUGUUAUCAAAAUUAUAUUUUUAUUCUAGACUCGCAGUAAACCUGCCUGGCAACAGACUGCUCCUUCAUUCCAGCUUAGUCCAAACAAAAGAAUUUCAGUGGAUGCAGAUGAUGAAGGCUAUUCUGCAUUGGGUCAGUUUAAAGUAUAUAUAAUGCAGUCAAAGACCUCUUACAUGGCACCUUCUAAGAGUAGAAAAGGUGAAGCUGCCACUGAGGAGGAAAGUGGAGAGUUCAAACAGCAUUUAGGUGGCAGUAAUGUAAGCUGUCUGCUUAUGAGAGUGCUAGUUAAGAGGGCUUUGAUUGUACAUAGAGAAUAGCUAGACCUUUGCUUUGAUAAGGGAUGAAAAAUGUUUGCAUUUUCAUCAUAGGGGAGCUGUCUAUUUGUUCUGAAUUAAAGAUAAUCAUCAUAAGAAGUUGGGGAUGGAAGGAUACAAUUUAAGAAGUACUAGGAAACAUCUAUAGGGACUAAUAAUAAUUGUAACUAGGGAUCAGGCAUUUCUGGGAAACUGCCCACCUACCCCUCCCCUAAGCCAACAAUAACACUUACUUCCCACUUAGGGCAAAAUGUUGGCUUAGGGGAGGGGAGGUGGGCAAAUUCCCAGAAAUGUAUAAUGUAUAUAAUGUAAAGUGGAUCACUGACAAAAUGACUUUUAGCAGAAACAGGAAGAAUCAUACUUAAAUUUGCUUUUAAUAAUUCUUGGCAUGGCCUGCUUUUGUGUAGUUUUCCAUUUAUCACCUGUAACAGAAAACCAAUGGGAAAAUUAUUUCCAGUCUAAUAAAAAAAUAAUGGAAGGUGAAGAACCAGUAUGUCUGUUACUUAACAAUUAAUGAAUGAGGCUGAGUAUCUUAUGAAGAAUUAUGGAGAUCGAGGAGGGUGUUAUCCGUCGAGGCCGUAGGCCGAGGCGGAUAACACCCUCCAAGAUCUCCAUAAUUCUUCAUAUGAUAUGAAAGCCGAAUUCAAUAAUUGUUUUAUUAUUCAUUCAAAAUAAUUCCUAGUUUAAAAACAUGGCCAAAACAUGCUAACCUCCAUCGAUCCAUCGAUGUUAAGUUCAUCUUCGAUAGUGCACGUUCAGGUUUGUCCAGCUCCGCAAAUAUUAUCCGAAUAGCAGAUCAUGUCACCCUUCGAGUUGUCUUCCUGCUGUUCUUGCCAUGUUUUUAGCUAUGUUUUCGCCUAGUUCUUACUCUUGAAACGAGUGAAAUGGCCGCCAUUUUUUAAGUUCACAACCAAAACAACUCAACCUCGUCCCCAGGUCUUCGCGGUUAACGGUGCCUUAACCUGUGAAAACGCUGCUUUUUUGACGUCAUUUCCUCGUUAAACACAAAAUUCUUCCAAAUUUGGUCAUUAGUGACUGGUUAUGGUGAAUUAAACGUGCGCUUUUAGCCAAUCAGAAUCGGGAAAAUAUUUUAAAUGAAUAAUAAAUGUAUUUAAUGUACAGUGCUAAUAUAAGUUGUCUAAUUUAUUGUUAUAAUUGAUGUUGUUAGGUUAUGGUAAAAAAGCAAAACAUAUGCGGAGUAAAACAUGGGAUGUUGGAAAUGGUAGAGUUUCACCCCCAAGUCCCCCUGCAACAAAUGGCAAAAAGAUAGCAUCAUACGCACCUAAGAAAGACAGAGAGUCAUUCCGUAGGGCUCUUGUUAGCAUUAUCAGGUAAUUUUUCUAGGCAUACAAUUUGAUUUUCAAGUACAGUGGUACAGUAGAAAUGUAAAUUGUUGUGUAUUGUUCAUUUUCAGUUUUAAAAGCUGGCUGUACUGUGUCAUUACUGUCUAGUUCAUUUUGUUAACAGUGUCAAUUGUGCAUCCUUGUUUGCCAUGAAACAUAAGAAAUUGCUUUUAAAUAGCAAAAUCGCAACUUUGAGUCAAAAAAAUAUGCCUCCGUACAUAUCAAGGGUAAUUACAAUAAUAUUAAUAAAAAGGUCAACUUUGAAAAACUACGGGCUAAUAAGUUUUCAAAAACCAUGAUUGUGAUGCAUUUCAUUCUUCUUCAGAGUUUGUCCGUGGAUUCAAUUGCCUUUUUUUAUGCUCAGUUUUUUUUCCCCGGGGGGGGGGGGGCACUCCCAUACAUUACCUAUACGGGUAUGUGCCGCCCAAUGGGGUCGUGAUUUUGAAGCUCCUGAUUUAGAACGGGGUAUCUAUUUCAGAGGCGUUUUCUAGAACGGGGUAGAAAAAAAUGUGGAUCACGGCUUUAUCUUCUGCUUAGAAUUGUUGCUGAUUAUGAAGAAGCAUUUAUUUGAUGUAUAAGUCGAACAAAUAAAGAAAUAUCUUUUUUUAAAAAAAAGGGCUAUUUCGAUUUACAAACUUUCUAGAACGGAGUGUAAAAAAUUGGCCCAUUUCUAGAACGGGGUAUCAGUUUUAGAGCGAAUUCUAGAACGGGGUAUAAAAAAUUGGCCUAUUUCUAGAACGGGGUAUCAAUUUUAGGGGAAAGUUUUUUUAGAAUGGGGUGCCAAUUUGGAGUCCCGGGCGGCACAUACCCACCCAAAAACUACCCAAGUGCCCCCCCCGGGUUUUUUUUAUACCUUUUAAUGUUUCUUGAGGUUAAAAAAAUUUUUCCACUAAAUUUGGUUGCAGGUCCCUGUGACUCGUUGAAUUUUGAUAAAAUUUUGUGACACAGCAUAGACAUAUGUUUUAUACUGUUCUUCUCUUUGUUUUUCUUACAGGCAAAAUGAGGGAACUCCUCCAGUGCGUCCAUCAUCAGCAGGAGAACUGCCUCCAUUGGAGAGAGCUGGUUCCCCUACCAGCGCUGAAAAGGAUAUCUUGGUAUGUUACCUAUCCCAUGAAAGUCAUUUAGAGAGAUUUUGCUUGUGAUGUUUUAUAUGAAAACUAAAAGUUGAAUGCUGUACUUCUUUAGGAGCAGUAUAUAUGUAACAGGUCAAAUGUGAUUUCAGGUUAAAUUUUUUUAGCAUUACAUAGGUUGAUUCUCAAUUUUCUUUGUCUCCUAGCCCUGAUUAUGCAUGAAUUAGGUUUAGAAAUAAAGGAAAUUGAGAAUCAACCUAGGUUAAAUUAAAAUUUACCUAAGAUCAAAUUUGACCUGUAACAUAUGUGACCCUCUUUGGGAAAACGGACACUAACGCUUUUCCGUUUAAAUGGUGAAACCGUUUACUAUCCGUUUAAAUCCGUUUAAUAGGUUCAUGCAAGCGUUUAAACGGUUUGCUUAUCCGUUUAAGAGGAAAGCAAGCGUUUAAGAACUGCGAGCAGAACUAUGAGGCAUGGUCGCUCGAUACUCGCCGAUACGUGAACUGCCGAACAACUGUAAAGUAUUUUUUACGUAUUUUUAGUUCUAACUUAUCCUUGUUUUUUAGAAGGCGAGUAAUCGUCGUAUCCUUGGAGAAACGGCUAAAAAUUUAAAUAAGUUAAAACGUAUUGCAUCGAGAGCCGAUGAAGCCAUUCGUUCACAGGAGAGUGCGGCGACCAUGGUUCUGUACUUGAUCUUGUUUCGGAUUUGGUGAAAUCGAAUAAAAUCACGCUCUCUUGGUUCCCGUUCAACUUUGUGCUCACUGUCAUGCAAUCAAAAAUUAAAAGUCGAAACCAUCGCACAAAUAAAAUCAAGAAUCUGGAAGACGAAGAAGAUAAAUGCGCAUGAUAUCGAUUGUGUUCUUUCCUCGGCGGGCACGCGAAGACUGAACUUGAAUGUGGUACACUUUUAUUGUCUGGCCCCGGCAGUCAAGGAAAAUGAAAACUUGAUGUAUUGUAUUAAUCUUGGGGGUGGGGGGGGGGGGCAUUAAUGUAAGGUUUUAACGAAGAGAAGCUUGUAAAAUAACAGUUUAAGCAAAGAAAAGUUUUCCAUGUGAAACAAGCAAUUCUCACCACUAAAAAGGAUCAGAUUACGCGAAGAGAUAACGAAAGCGCGAUAGAAUAGUCGCUUCUGUUGGAAAAUCUGAUGUUGGGGAAAAAAUCUAACCAGCAAAUGGAAAAGUAAGAAUAAAAAAGAAUUACAAGCCUAAAGCGAACGACAAAGGAAAAGAAAACAACGCUAUUUUUUUCGAAACCUGCCGAGUUUAUAAUAAAGUGAAAACAAAAAUACCGACGUGCCGUACAUGUCGUACAUCGCAUGUCCUUGUAAACAUUUCAUGCAGCGCAGCGAAUCAUUAUAAAAUUCAAUCGGGAAACAAAAAGCCUCGGGAAAUUUCAGAGCAGGUUUAAAUGAUUAAACUGCACAAAUAUUUAUCUACAAAGUGAAACCAAACCAACACUAAUUUUGUAGUUGUAAGAGAAACGAUCAUUUUUUAUAUUUCCCCCUAGGCCUAAAUAUUACCGAUCGCUUCCUCUGCAAGCUGUUUUAUAAUUUCAAAAAAGUAUACACUUCAAACUUUUAUAUAGCAGGUUCGUAAAGCCACAGGAGUCUGAGAACUGACUUUUCUCCGAAUAUUUAUACUUGUGAUAGCACCUUAGUUUCAAGAAAAUAAUCCUUUCAACAGGAAGGGACCAAGAAACUGUCAAUUGCUGGAAAAAAGGAAUCUGUUCCUUUUUUCCUCUGACCCCGAUGCGUGUAGGCUUGUGACAAGCUUCAUUGCCUAAGCAAUUUUUUUUUUGUGGAGCUUCACAACAAAAGAUGAAACACCUUACUUUCAAGAAAAUAAUCCUUUCAACAGGAAGCGACCAAGAAACUGUCAAAUGUUGGAAAAAAGGAAUCUAUUCCUAUGCAAAAUACGCAUGAUUUGCUCGUUGGCACUCUAUCGAUAGUUAUACCUAGUCUUAUUUCCAGCGUGUUGCGUUAUUUGACCCCGAUGCGUUUAGGAUUGUGACAAGGUUCAUUGCGUAUGCAAAUUUUUUUCGUGGAACUUCACAACAAAAGAUGAAACAUGUGAAGUUCAUUUUCAAGAAGGAGAUUAUGAAUUAAACCUGGAGUGUUUAUUCGCGAUAUAACAGCUACGGUUUCAUGACAGUAUUAUAAAGAGUUAGUUACACCUAUUGUACGCAUGUUUCGGAAAUAUUUUUGAGAUAUCAUCGUUAUGAAAAAAACAAGAAACGACCGAAACAAGCGAAACCCCCGAAACGAUUUCGCUUGAUUUGCUCUUCGUUUUGGUUUUGGUUUAGGUGCUUUCGCUCGUUUCGUUCCGAUGGUUUCGUUUUGUUGUUUCGGGUUUUAGCUGAGGGCAAACGAGAAGCGAACAAAUGAAUAAAGUUCAUCAGAUACGGCUUUUCGGACGGUAUUCCGGUUACAUUUGACCAAGAGACUUCAAGUUAUUAUGCUCCAUGUUUACUAUCCGUUUAGCGUUCUAAGUAACUGUUUUUCCUGGAACGAUCUUGCCGACUCAUCCGUUUUCAAACGUUUCCAGCUGUCCGUUUGUGGACUUAGGUCAACCGUUUAACGGUUUAAGCUAUCCGUUUUUGGAGUUUGGUCAACCGUUUAACGUUUCGAGCUAACCGUUUAUAUUUUUGGUCAACCGUUUAACGCUUCAAGCUAUCCGUUUUUGGACUUCGGGCAACCGUUUAAAUUUUUUGCUAUCCGUUUAAAGAGUUAUGGAAACCGUUUAAACGCUUGAGUUAACCGUUUACUAUCCGUUUAGAACCGUUUUUCUUGAACGUUUAACGGAAAAGCGUUAGUGUCCGUUUUCCCAAAGAGGGUCACAUAUACAUAAUAAUAAUUCCUUACAGUAUCAAUAGUACAUGUACUUGUAUAUUGACCUAAUUUACAUUAGUAUAUUUUUAAUGGUUUUUUUUUCCCCGUAUUUGUUGAAAUCUUGCAAGGGGAAAAUUGUCUACUAACAUGUACAGCUGUACAACUGUACAUGUAUAUUCUGCAGAAAGAUAGUUACUGCUUUUUAAAAAAGGGAGAGAAAAAAUAUGAUUGGUUACCAUUCUUUAAGAGAAAACAAAGACCUCUCUGGGGAGCUCUGGCCUUUAGGCAAAAGCUGCCAUUUUAUUAAUCUUAAUAUUGGCCUCAGCCAAUCAACCAUGAAAUUAUGUGCGGUAAUGAACACUUACAGUUUUGAUAUGCAUUUAAAUAGAUCCUCAUAGGAAUUUUCCUUGUUUGUUUUACCAGCGUUAUAACUUUUACAUUUACCAUGGAAUAGACACAGAGCAUGUGGCUCCCAUGGAAGACUCGUGGCUUGAUCAUGUUCUACAACUUGUUCCACAGAGUCUGAAGGUAAGUGCGAUUCCCCAGGGUGACCUCAAAUCUCAAUCUUUUUUCUUUAUUCUACUCGAUAAUCUCUUUCAAAAAAGUAUACUAUGGUAAUCUCCGAACUUGUAUCUCUAAGCGGACCAGAGCUAGAAUAAGUACCACUCCCAAUUUAUUUCAGUCACUUUAAAGAUAGUAAGGCAGGCAAGCUACAGUGUAUUUGCAAUAGUCAAAUCUAAGCUACUUUUGCUUCAGUUUGUUAUAAAAAUUGUGACCUUCUUUCAGAAAAUGUACAUUAACUUUUAAAAUGGCCUUUGUUUGUAUCUAUUUUUCUGGUUCACAUAAAGUGUUCAUCAGUACUUAAGGUUUUUCUCAAUAUUCAUGCCGUGUGGGCUUGAAGUUAAUUAACUGUAGACUUAAAUAAUUUAAUUUUAUUAACUUUCAGGAUGGAUUUGAUGUGUGUAUAGAAAAUCUUUCAGAUGAAAUGAAAGAAGAUUACUUACUAAGUGUAAAGAAGGCAAUAGGUAAGAAAUACGCAGGAAAUACCUGGAUACCCACACGUACUUGUAAUGUAUUUUGUUUUUUUCUCAUGUCGCACUUAAGUACAUUAUUCUAGUCAAAGGUAUAAGACUUACACCCAAGUUUUGUGAUAAGUUAGUGUAACAAAUUUGUUCAAAAUUUAUUAGCACAGUCACUUAGAUAAAGACAAAGUUUGGGUACGAUUGAAUUUAUAGGUACUUACAAAACUGAAUUUUGUCUAGCAUGUACCCUUUUUUAAUCCAUGUGAUGUGCUGUUUGGUAACUUUCUGUUUUUUUGUGUGUAGUUGAUUUUGUGCUGAGAGAUCCACGAGAAAAAGAUGAUGACAAAAAAGAAGAAGUUCUGGAUUACAAAUUAGAGUAAGUGGAAUAUACAGCUUUAUAAAUAAUCAUUAUUAGCAUACAUGUAUUUAAUUAAAGAAUAUGCAAGUUUCAAGUUUCUUACUACACUAUGAACUUAGUAAGUGGAGAACUGCUAGGAAUUUCUUUCCAUUUCAUUUUUCCAUUAAUUGUUUUCCAGGAGAGUAGCCAUGGGUUGUGCUCAUAGUAGCUGGGGGAAUUCCCUGGCCCCAGGGGGGUGGGUUUGCAAAGUUAUCCCAUGCUCUCUCUCCAUAAUAAAAUUAUGUUUUAUGUUGAUUGCAACUUAUACACAAUUUACAGUUACUGUUGUUAUUAAUCCACUAGGCUGAUGCAGGUUCCAAAGCCUUGGUACAGAUCAUACGUCACUGCAAAGGCUGCUAUGCAACAAGACCUGUUUGGAACCAACCCAACAAUGGCUGCAGUGUUGGAUCUUUGGUACAAAACUUUUGGGUGAGUGAAAAAAGUUAAAAUUAACCCUUCAAACACUAAGAUCAAAAUUUGAAGUCUCAUUUGUUGCUCCUAUUCAUUUCGUACAGAUGUAGUGGGAAGAAGUUGAUAAAAUAUUAAGCAAAUUCAUCUUGUGUGAUCAUGUCUGUAAUUUUCAUGACCACUCUGUUUUACAAAGCAUUGAUAUUACAAGAGCAAUUUGUUGCUGAUCACUCUUAGGGUUAAAAGAGUUAAUGCAAUUCCUUCUAAUUCCUGAAGCAUUUUAGAUGUUUUUUUUUUUUUCGCUUUUUUUAUUUUUUAAUACAUUCUUUUUGUUUUAAUAUUUGUUUGCAUGAAGUAACCUGAGGCUUGUGGAUAUUCAUGAUAUUCAGUUGAGACCUGAAGCACUGGAGCUGGCCAUGUUCCAAAAUGUUGUUAUGAGACACAUAGAAAUCGCCAAGGAAACACUCCUGAAGAAGUAUGUACACUCAAUGAGAAAAUUAUUCAUUUGUCUUGUUUUCUUCCAUUGAUUGAAUGUGUAGCCCUGGAAAAUAUCCAUUAUCCCCCCACCGAAAGGAUUGGAAAUUCCUGGGGGGUGGGGGGUUCUCAAAGGCCCAACAAUUUAGAUAACUGUAUGAACCUUGACUGGAAUUUCCAGAGAGGUGGGGGGAGGGGGGAUAAGGAAAAAUCCCUUCCUUGGGGAAGGUAUGGAUAAUUUUCGGAACCACACAACACCGUAAACCAUCUAUUGAGCAGUCCCCCUUCUCAAAUAAGCUCCUCUUUUCAGGGGAUGGAAGUUAUUUACUGUCUGCUCCCCCCUCCUUAUUCCCAAAUAUAUCUAGACUUUAUCAACUAUCACAAUAUCACUGUUCUGUAACACUGAUUCAUUAUGGUUUAUUUAGAUACUGGAAGUUCAGAUUAUUUUGUUUUUGAUCAUUGGUUGCAUGACGUCAAACGUCUCUUCCACAAGCUCGUCUACUUUUCAUACCAGUUCUUUUAUUAUGGAGAAUCAAGCGUCAUCUUUGCUACAAUGUAAUUCAAAUAAGUUUCUUCCCUCAGAAAGCUGCCUUCUCUACUCACACUUGUUUGAAUUAAAAUAUGAAGCUCCCCCAGUGGGGAGCUUCAGAGGAACUUUUUGGGGUCUAUAUUUUGAUGAUUAAUUUUGGUUUUUUAUUUCCCAAAGGUGGUUUCCAGAAGUGCAAAAUAUCUACUAUCAAGGAAAUAAGCGCAAGCAAGUACCAAGCAACCAGAAUGCUAAACGACUUGAGUCAUUCUUUAAUGCUGCGGCAGUAUUGAUGACUAAUCAACUACAGAUGUUGGCUCUUAAUUCCAUUGAUGACUUCACCAAGUUGUUUUGUCCUCCGCCUGUAAGAUUUUGGUUUUGUUUUUUAUUGGUGCUGAAAGAGUAAUUAUUUCAAUCUUACAUGGUAGUUUAUCUGUAACCUAGAUAAAUGGAUAAAUUAUGCACAUUCAUGAUUCAACUGAAAGACUUGUAAAUAAAAUUUACCAGUCUGUCAGUCAAUCAUUUACAGUUGUAUGUGUGCAAAUGUAAUUGGUAGCCAUUCAUUUUAUUUGUCAAUCGGUUAUUUGUUGCUAAGACAAUCAGUCAGUCAGCUACCAGUUAAUCAGUCAAUCAAUCAGCUAGGCAGUCAGUCCGUUAGUCAGUCAGUGAGUCUGUCAGUCAGUCAGUCAGUCAUUGAUAUACUCCACUGACUCACGAACAGAGUAGCUGACUUGCUGAUUGACAUGUAUCAGUCAGCUUGUUAAAUCAACCUGUCACCUUUAGUUUUUUAAAGUCAGUUAGUGAAUCAGCCAGUCAGUGCCAAGUCAGUCGGCACACAGCUGUAGGCUAUUAUAAACUGAUAUAUGUAUGCAAGGAUACCACUUUAUCAAUAUUUUUGUAGCAAAUAGUAUAUCUAGACAGUUAAACAGUUUUGCAAUAAAUUUUACUGAAAUGUCCUUUUUGUUGUUCCUAUAACAGGAUUCUGUCAGAGCUUUUGAACACCCUGGCUUUAUUAUGAGAUUGGUAUUGGAGGGUGACACGGUUAAAUUUGAGCCUGAUUUUAAAGACUUUGAGGUAUUUAUUAAAUUUAAUUCAGUUGUUUAUCAAUUUAGCUUUAAUGAUCAACCCAGUAUUACGAUGUAGAAGUGUCUUUGUGAUUUUUAAAAUUAACUUUGUAACUGGUUGAUUACUUUUCGUCUUUAAAAACGAUGUGUUUAUGUUGGUGUACAUGUAAAUUAAAGGGCGGGGUUUUGUGUCACUGUGCACCUUUACAUCUUUAUUUUGACAUGCCUGAAUCUGGAUUAUAUUUUUGUCUAGAUAAUUAUAAUAUUAUUAUGGAUUUUUAUAACAGAUUGUCAUUUGAUUGAGAGUUUGAUUUAUUAAUGUCACAGGUUGUUUUGUUGAAUGUCUAUGAUGUUAUGAUCAAGGCUGUGAUGGUUGUUCCAAGAGUUGAAACUAAACUUUAUUCCGAAUGGGUAAGUUUUUAGCAAGUACAUUUACUACUAGUAAUGAGUAGGUUAGACAUUCUUAAUGUGGUAUCUCUAGAACACUAACAAUACAAUCAAUUGUAUAUUAUUAAUUUAUGUCAAUUUUCUUAUUUUUUUUCAGUCUGGAACAAAGAAGACUCUGAAACCAGUUGUCUCAGAUGAAAUUGUCAAUGAAGCAAAGGCAAAGGUGUGUGAGUUUUUCAUCAAGUUAAAACAAUUUAGGGUAAUACUACACCAGGGGGUGGGAGGGGGGCCCUCAACAAAUGUUUAAACAUGGGGAUGUUCUGCCCCAAGGUUGUAACCCUUGUAAACCCUUUUGCAUAUACCAUUUGUCAUGUUUAAGGUACCCCUUUUGCAUACCCUCCAUUGACAAAUGGUACCCCUUUCACAUACAUUGUUUAGAACUUUGUAUCCCUUUUAACUGCACUGUCUUUUAAAUAGGAAUUAAUCACAAAAAUAGAAUGUUUUGUCGACUUUUUAAAGCCAUAAAAUUCAUCUGUUAGCCCUUUUUGGGCCCUUUUAUGGACCCAAAAACCAUUAAAAACCAUUUACCUGAGAAAAGAGUUCAACUCCCACAAGAUUGCCAAAUGGUACAUCAACAUGGUUGCUGUUUUAAUUUUUUCAACAUAAGUGUGGGUCGCUGUGAUGUCAUGUGACGAUGCUCUAUGAAAAUGGCAGAAUUUGACUGAAAGCAAAUUAGACAUUAUACUGUACCAAUAAAACUGGGUUUCUUUAAAACGUUUGCACGCAAUUUGUGCCAAUAAUAUUAUUUAAACUAUACUUGUCACUUUUCACUAUGUGUAGGUGUUUUUUUAUUGUCAUGAUCUAUGGAGUAUUUUGAACAAUUAUUUUUCCACACCAGGUGAAAGCUGUGAUAGCCAAGGAAAUGGCUGGACCCAGAGAACAUUUGAAGUUUUAUGACAAGUUCAAGGACCUCAUCAGCAGAAAGGUGUAUUUAAAGGCUAUUUUGAAUUAUGAUUUUUAUUAUCUCACUCAGCUGUUUAGAGUCUGAAAAUUUCCUUUAAUGCUUUUUUUAUGAUUGUCAAAUCAUUUAUUUUAUUCUCAUUGUGGUCACACAAACUCAUCAAAUGCAAUGCAAAAAUUUCACUCGUAGUUGGCUUGUUUGAAUUUUAUCCACAUAGCACAGUUCAGGUGGCAAGUUUAUCCCAAGCACACUGCAAAUAAUUCUGUAACCUUUCAAAGUCCUAUUUAUAAAUCUUAAUUGUUGAGUCAGUCUGGCACUACAUAAACUGUAAGUAUAUUAAGCAUAGACCAAAAGUUAAUUGACCUCAGCUUGUAACUCAGCAUCUGCACUGGUAGCUUAGCUCAGUUUUUUUUCCCCAAGUCACCUUUAAUAAAUCACUGACUGAAAAAGCAUUAUUUUAAAAGUUUUUGUUCUCUUAAAGGCUGAAGCAGACAUUGAUCAGUUUAUGUUGGAAGGGCACAAGUUUCCAAGGUUUGCAAAGGUAAAAAAUGUUUCCUUGGAAAUAGUAGCUUAUGAUUCACUGCAUGCACAAAAAAUUUAAGAAUAUUAUAAUGUUCUUUAUUUCUUAGAGUAAAUUGUAUUAUUAUUUUGAUUUUUUAGGAAGUGGAGAAGUAUGCUAAGUUGGUUGAUAGCAUCCAAUAUAACUCUCAGAAGGUUUGUUUGGCAAAGCUUUUCUUAUUAUCCUAGGCAGAUUUAGGAAAGACUUAAGCAAACAUUUAGCAAUGUGAUGACCUUACUGCUUGGAAACUCUCAUACAGAAAGCCAUCUACAAACCAACUUUGCUUAUCCUUACUUCAACGAUGGUCAGAUAGAAAAAAACCCUGCUUGUUUUCCUUUCUGGAAAUGUAUACUGAUGAUAGGACUCCCCAAAACUGCUAUGAAGACGAUUUUACCAGUCUUCAAUUUGUCUUUAUUUACAAGGGUCUCUGAUCCUUUCCCAGUUUUUUUGGGUAAUGGACUGAGUAAAGGCAUUAUGGUCAUCUUGACGCUCACAAUCAUCAUGGACCUGAUCAUUAUCAUUUUCUUCAUCAUCAUCAUAAUCAUAGCUAUUUUCAUCAUCAUCAUCAUCAACCUUGUCAUUGUUGUCAUCAUCAUCAUUGUCAUAAACAUCAUUGUGAUUAUCAUCUUCCUACUCUUUCAGGGUCCCCAGCAGUGGGGUUCUUCAAUCCCGAAAUCCGGACUCAAACUUUCUUGCAAUUCAGUAGUCUCAAAGGUUAUUUUUGGCACCCAACUUCUAUGUACACUUUUAGUCCCGAAACUUGUCCCAACUUUGCUUUACAAUCCUGAAUCCUAGGCUUCAAAAGAGGGAAUUUCCAGAUCCAGAUAAACCUGUCAAGGACCCUCCUCUUCCUCCUGCUCCUCCUCCUCCUCCUCCUCAUCAUCAUCCUUGUUAGCAUGUUGAAUUAGAUUUGUAAACAAACAACAUUGUUAACCUUCCAAUAGUGACCAACAUCAAUUUUCUCCUAGAAUGAUAUCCGUACAUUGUCAAGAGAUUAGGUUAUGAGAAUCAAUUAAAUGAUCACUUAAACAAAAAUACAUCAAUCUUUUAUCAAAUUCUGUCAACUCAUUCUGUAAGGAAAUAUAUAGAGAUCAGUUUGUAGAUUUUGUAUGUGGAUAUUGGGGGUUACAGGGUUAACAUUAACCUUAUGCUUUACAUGUACAUAGGUUAUAAGAGUUGGUAUGUUUGAACUGCACUGUGAUGAACUGAUCAGAGCAUUAGCUAAGAGAGCUGACAGCUUAAGAACUAAACUGCUUCAGAGGAUGAGCAAGGAUCAUCAGCUUCUCAACAAAAGGUAAUGGUCUUAUUAGGGUCGAUCUUUACACGUUUCUGGGAAACUGCCCUGCACCUACCCCUCCCCUAAGCCAACAUUUUGCCUUAAGUGAGAAGUAAGUGUUAAUGUUGGCUUAAGGGAGGGAUAGGUGAGCAGUUUCCCAGAAACGUAUAAUGAUCCGAAAUAUCAAGGCAGCUUGAAUGAUCAGGACUGUCACUAGGACAUGACUGUUGAUUUGCCCCACCUUCUAUCAGCAUAACAGCUGGCUACUUUCAUAGGAAAGGAAGGAAAAGAUAACCAAAAGAACCUCCCAGCCAUUCAUUUUCUCACCUACUAAUUACAUAAACCAGCAAUUUGAAAACGCCGUGACAGACAUGAAAUAUGUAUGAGAAUUUCGCUUUUUCUAGUAUACCAUCCAAGUUAUUGCAUACUAGAGAAAUCUAUUGAUCAUAGGUGUUGGAUAUGAGAAUAUCAACUACAAUGAAACACAAAAACCAUCAAUUUGUUUAUUGCUAGAAGUGCUAGCCUUGUGUCAAAGCAAAUCUAGUGAUUUCAUUAAUUUAUACAUUCUGCUUUGUAGUUUAAUAUUGUAGGUUUUGUAACUGGGAUUCCUUAAUUUUACUUUGUUGUAGGCUUUGUGAAGAGUACGAGAAAAUAGCAGAAAAAGCCUUAACAUCUCCUGCCAACACUGAGCAUCUUAUGGAACUCAAGGUACAGCUUAUUUAUUUGAUUUGAGUUGAUUUUUUUUAUUUUAUAUGCCACACAAUAAGUAUAGGUUCCAAAUUAAAAAAGGAGAGGAGAGGUGAGGCGAGGAGACCUAACAGAAACUAUAGGAGCUAUGAGUGGUUAGGCCUUCUCAAACUUGGCAUACUGCUUUGAGCUCAGGUGAACUCAGAACAGCUAGAACACUGCUAUUGGCACUUAGAUGUGCCAAUAGCACAGGAGCACAUUAAUUUUGUCUUAAAUUGAGGAUUUUUGAUCUUUGCGGCCAUGAAACCAUAGCCUGGAACCAGGCUCUGCUGUGGGGAAUCAUUAAAGACAAAAAAUGGGGUGAAACAGCAACAAAAAUGGCAGUGAAGCGAGCAGAGACUGAGUGGUGUCCUUAUUCCCUUUUCCAGAUUGCUAGACUACUGCCUGGCUCACCAUUGUUCACUGAUUUCUCUUUUUUGCCUUUUUUCCUGAUGGGGAGCCUGAUCCCAGGCCAUGAAACUGUGGCUGAAUAGAUAGUUUUCCUAACACUAAGUAGUGCAUGUAUGCAAAACAUCAUUUUGGCGGGAAAAUGUGAUAGCUGCCACCAUUCUCCUAUGAAUUUUAGUGAGAAUGUCGUAGUGGGCAAAACAAGUUAUCAAAUGUUAGAAAUUUGGUCAUAUAGCGAUUGGGAGAUCUAGAGGGCUUUACCUGCUUCAACGGAACUGAACGUACUAACUUUUGUGGUGAGAAAAGUACAAUGAAGCUUUCUGGGGUGUCUAUUUUAGAGGGAGAAGGGGCGAGAAAACUUAAAAUUAAACGUCGUCCGCGAAUCUAAAGCUCUCUAAUAACUUGUCUGUCCGGCCCCAAUUAUUCAAAAGGUGAUAAUGCUAUCCACUUAAUAAAUCUCCUUUAGGCUGCUUAUUGUUACAUAUCAAUAAUGUCUAUUUAUUUUAUUUUAUUUUUAGAACUACAUUGAGCAGGUUGAGAAUGAGACCAUCUUUGACCUUGAAAAAAGACUUGUUGACACCAAGAACAGACUUGUCUUUUUGGUAAGCAAAAUUGCCAUUUGGUAAUUCCAUUGUGUUCAUAUAAAAUAGUAGUCAUAAUGGGCUCACAUUUUUUAAGGAUUUCAUGUGGCUGUGUUGUAAUGAAAUGCAUGUUUGUUGUUUUUCCCGUAGGUGGAUUAUGCAUCUUUCUCACCAGCAGACAUGAGACUUAAUAACAGCGUGUUCCAGUGGCACUUUCGUAUGCCCGAGGUUUUCGAAGAACACAAAAAGAUCAUCAAUGCAAACCGUGUUCAGUAUGAGAACAGCCUUAAGGUACUUUGAAUUAACAACAAUUAUUUUGUUUUCUUCAUCUUUUUACAGUCAACUCUCUUUGAGACAGACAUCUACAUGAAUGAGGCCGGCAAUAAUUGUCUGUCUAAGGGCGCUUUCCAUUGUGAGAACUGACUGGCCAGACCCAAUUCCUGUCAUAGUGCCAGGCGGGGGGCGGAGGGGGGGGGGGCCUGUUAAAAUGAGUGGCACAACAUUCAAAGAUAUGGUCACCCUUUUAAACGUCUUUUUUGUUAUUUCUUCACCUAGAUGCGGCGUGAGCGGUUUGUGGAAGAGUUGGAAAGUUACUCUAAGCAGCUUGAAGAGUUCCAAUCAUUUGGAGACAUGCAAGAGAUCCAGCGGUACCUCAAGAAAGCGCAAGCUCUGAACCAGAGGCUAGAGUCAGCAGCAGACAAGGUUUCAUUGAUUUUACUCCGUCAUUCCAUUCCUGACCUUAAAUCUUAAAGUAACUUUAACAUAGAAAAAGCAAUUCUGUUCCAUCUUGCGCACGUCAUUAGUUAAUUGUUUUAUUCAUCACGUGCUGGUCUUCUUUAGAUUCUUGCUUUUAACCAAGAAGAAGAAGCUUUUGAAUGGGAUGUGACGUCAUAUCCUCAGCGUCAACAACUGAUCAACACCUUGAAUCCUUACUUGAAACUUUAUGAAACAACUGUGGAAUUCCAAACCAAAUACAAGUAAGUAGGUGGAAAAGUUUAACUCCUUCAUAUAGUAGUUUCCAACGAAAAACAUCAGAAGAAGAAUUUGUAAAGCAUUCAACUUGAUGAUCAUUUCCUAUAUUCUCAUGACAACAUAUUGUGUUUAAGACUUGUAUUUAUUGUGAUUAAGCAACGAUGUUGAUAGGAGAAAGUUGAUUCUGGCCAUCACUAAGGCUUGAAUUGUGUUCCGUUUUAAGGGAGUGGAUGGAGGGACCUUGGGGAACAAUGGACCCAGAUAAAGUUGAUGGCGAGACUGGAAACUUCUGGCGUGCUCUUUAUAAGCUGGAGAAACAGUUUACUGAAGUACCAAAUGCACAGAAGAUUGCAGCUAGGGUAAGAUACUUUAGUCCUCGUACAGUUGAACCCCUCUUCAAUAGCCACCUUGGGGACAGAAGAAAGUGGCCAUUGUAGAGAGGUUUAAAUAAGAGUCAAUGUACGGACUGUCCGCCAAAAAAGUGGCUGUUGUGGAGACGUAGCCGUUAGUGGAGGUUCGACUGCAGGAUCCAGGGGAGGGGUCUGGGGGCCCGGGCCCCCCUUAUUUUUAGACCAAAAUGAGGCCUGAAGGACCGAAAAAUUUUUUUUUUGAGGCCGCGCCCCCCCUUAUCUCAGGGUCUGGAUGGCCGCCCCACCCCGUUAUCUGAAGGUGUGGAUCCGCCACUAUCAGUUUGCACUUAAGAAGGAGAGAAAGCUCGUGCUUCUCAAAUUGUAUAGCAUAAUUUUUUGUACUGAUUUGGUCGUAGACAUAGACAUAGUCUUAGACAGAGAGAAUGUUUAUUUUACCACGAGGUACACAGGAGUCACCACUCGUUAAAACGCUUUACGUGAAAAAAAAAAAACAUCGGUCGGAAAAAUACUAAAGAAGUGUGAUGUUAAAAGGGAUAAUUUAAAAUAUUUAAAAACUGCCGCAAUAAUUAUUAUUUACAUGUAAAUAUAUACUUGUGAUUGUCUUGGUUACAGAUGAAAGCCAAGGUGGAUGAGUUUAAAGAGCACCUCCCCUUAGUUCAGGUUCUGUUCAACCCAGGCCUCCGCGACCGUCACUGGGAGCAGAUGUCUGAGAUUCUGGGGUACCCUCUUAAACCUGAUGAGGACACUAACCUUGCUAGGAUGGUGGAGAUGAACCUCGAGCCAUACCUGUCCCAGUUUGAGACCAUCAGUGAGGCGGCUAGUAAAGAGUUCUCUCUCGAGAAAGCCAUGGAGAAGAUGGUUCGCGAGUGGGAUGAGGUAUGUUGUGAUAAACAGGCCCCAGUUGUGCGUUUAAGGCAUUUGGCAGGUUUAGUAAAGAAACGUAACGUCAAAGGAGAACGGGAAAGCGCGCAUAAAGUACUGAACGCCACUUUCGAUACUCAAUUUGGUCAAGCUGAUUUUUAGAUUCUCGCUUGCCGAAGUUACUGCCUUGAAUUGUCUUUGCUAAACUGCCUUAUCAUUCACUGAGCAACGCAUUUUCAACUGUUAUCUACUGGAUACUGAUUCAUCUGGUGGGUGACUUUAUUUAAACUUUCGGAAACUGUUGCCUCCUUAGCUUUAUUAAACCUUCAUAGCUUGUUACAAAACUCUAACGGAUAUAAGAUAUCACUGGACUUAAAUUGUUCUCUUUAAACUUGUGUGAUCUAGCCCUUUUAAGUGCUUUCAACAGCAGGCCUUACGAGCAGUUAUGUUUGUCAUCUCUUUGCAGUAGUCUAUUAUCUAUAGCGUCACGCCUUUACUAGAAAAAUGCCUUUGAUUGAUUUCUUACCUUGUUUCACUUUUCUUUGCUUUCAGAUUGAGUUCGUCAUGAUCCCUUACCGUGAGACUGGUACUCAUAUCUUGUCCUCGAUCGAUGAUAUCCAGACCUUGUUGGAUGAUCAGAUCGUCAAAACACAGACAAUGAGGGGAUCACCAUUCAUCAAGCCAUUCGAGACUGAAAUCAAGUAAUGAUGAACAGCACUAGAUACUUUCAAACUAACAAACUAAGAAACUAAGAAAACUGUGAAUUAGGAGUCUUGUUCACAUUUUGACCAACUAUCACGUCGAGCAAACACCUUUUUAUACCGUUUUAUUAUCGUAUGCUUGAUUCGCUCAUUCCUCGUGACGCAAUAACAUUCUAGAAAUAUUUAUGUUGAUGGUGUUGGUAAUGCGUCGAUCCAAGUGUCCAGCGCACCAACCUCGUUCGCAGAUUUCUUUCUUACUCGUCUCCCGGGGCGAGGACGAGUAGACGCCAGCGCACAUAGUUGGUCAGACUUCAUUGUGAGCUUGCCUAAAGAAAAUAAAUAAAUUGUGGCAUAAUAUUGUUCUCAAAGGAAUGCCAUCUGUAGAUUUUUAAAUUUCGUUCAGUUUUACCAGACUUCAAAAAACAUCUUUAUUGCUGAAGAUAUCAUGUACUAAUUACGCUGCUAAACCUUAAUUGUUUUAUAUUAUUCUAGGGAAUGGGAAAGUAAAUUGAUGCUGACACAAGAAAUCAUUGAUGAAUGGCUAAAAGUGCAGGCCACAUGGUUGUACUUAGAACCAAUCUUCAGCUCCCCUGAUAUCAUGGCUCAGAUGCCUGAGGAGGGAAGGUCGGUGCUCAUUUUUACUCCUUAGUUCCCUAUUAUGUCUUGGAGGAAAGUUCAGUAUCUGAUAUUUUCCACAGUUUUGCUGAAGGAGGAAAGUUAAUUGUUAUUUUCUCGUCUUUUCAGACGGUUUAGUACUGUUGACAAGAACUGGAGAGAGAUAAUGAAGGUGGCAGUUCUGGUGAGUGUAGCAUCAAUUUACUUCAUCCGCCUGAUUAGGUUCUAUCAUAAUUAUACAAUCAUCAUCAUCAUCAUCAUCAUCAUCAAUAACAUCAUCAUCGUUGUCAAAAACAGCAUUGCUAUCAUCCUGUCCAAAUCCUCAUGAUCGUCAUAAGAACCAUUAGUAUUUUAUAAUUUUUGUUGUCUUUUUUUCCUCAACAUCGAAAUCAUAAAUCCGCUUGUGUAACAUUUCAGUUGUGACAUUCUCUCUUUAGGACCGUCAUGUCCUCACUGUUGUAGCCAUUGAAAAGAUGUUGGAGCGCUUGAAGAAGUCAAACGAGCUCCUUGAACUCAUCUUAAAGGUACAGUUGCUGCCAGUUCAUGUGUUUGUAGGGACUUUUAUUUUUUGUUUUGUUCCUAAGAAUUUCGUUAAUUCUUUUACAGGGACUGAAUGAGUACUUGGAGAAGAAGAGACUGUACUUUCCUCGCUUCUUCUUUUUGUCCAAUGACGAGCUCUUGGAAAUUCUCUCUGAAACCAAAGAUCCAAAAAGGUUCGUAAUUACGCAUACUUGAUCCUUUUUCUCUUUAACAUAAAAGAAAUUAUAUUGUAUUCUUCACAGAAAGGCCAUCUCUUGCGACCCUUAGGGUCAAAGUUCCGCAAAAUUAAAGGUCAAUUUUACUAGAAUCAAUAUCAGAUUGUCCAGUACAAAGGAAACAAUUAAGGUAGAUGAAAAAUGCAAUUUGUUACUCUCUUACAUACCUUGCCUUGAUCUAAAUAAUGUUAAGAACAGAUACGCAUUCCUGUAGUUUUGAUACAACUGUGAUAUGUGAUUGGUAUACAUUGUUUUCACGUAGACCAUAACGCACCUCGUCCCCGACCACCCACACCCGCUCGACACGCGUCGGUUGUACAUGCCUUCCCCCAAGACGCACAGCCUGCGCCGCACACUAUUCCAGCCAGCAACGCCACACAAAAUAGAUGAAGUGAGCGACGAACGAAAUGCUAAGGCAACAAAUAAAGUGAAAUAAAAAUUUAAUUUUGUAAUCUCUUUACAUCCCUGGCCGUAAUUUAAUAAAUUUAAAAAACAGUUACGCAUUCCUGUAUUUUUGAUCAAACUGGGAUAUGGAUUUGGUUUAAAUUUUUUUACCUUAGCCCAUAACCCCCCCCUUCCCCCCCCCCCCCCCCCCCCCCCAAAAGGCGUAACCAUUGUUUCCAAAUUCUCCUGGGUAUUGCAGUCACCCCAAAAGAAAUCAAAGGCAAUAGUUAUACAAAGGUUUUCGAGAUAAACAGGGUACAUUGUGGUCCUUGGAGUGAUUGAAUGUUGAAUGGCUCAAUCGGUACAAGAGUAAGGUGUGCGAUAGCCUGCGAGCAAGCUCUCCUAUUUGGGCGAGCGAAGUGAGUCUCGCGAGAACGCACGAGCGAGCGGCGAAGCCGCGAGGGGCAGAGGAAAGGACCCCUCGCUCGCGCGUUCUCGCGAGGUUCACCCAAACAGGAGAGCUUGCUCGCAGGCUAGGUCUGCGAAUACAGCCGAUUCACCUUGCUCCUUGCCGCUUGGGUCACUCCGCGAAACGUCCGUAGCGGCGGACCAGACGAUUAUCUUCGUACGGGGUCUACGUUUGAAAGAAUUAUUUUCCUAUUACCUGCAGAGUGCAACCUCAUCUUAAGAAGUGCUUUGAGGGAAUUGCAUCCCUGGAGUUUACAGACACACUGGAUAUCACUCACAUGAAGAGCUCUGAAGGUGAAAUUGUUCCACUGAAGGAUGUGAUUUCCACAAGCAAGGCUAGAGGACAAGUAGAGAAAUGGCUGUUGGAGCUACAGGAGGAUAUGAUCGCUAGUAUUAGAAAGGUGUGUCUUAGUUGGCACCUCCCCUUCCCAUUUCCCAUGCCUUACCACACACUACACCCCAGACUCGCUUGUGUACGUGCUGGAAUUGUUUUGAGGCUGGAAAGCAGUCAAAGAUUCACCCUGCGUAGUUGUUUCAGGGUGUUUACUAGGCAUCAGGGAUCGGAGAAUUCUCCGUUUACUACACGGCUAAUGUUCGGUAGCCUAUGACCUUUUUUUUAUUUAGACGUGGAGCCUUUUUCACAGUAUUGUCUUGUAACGUUAUAUCUUUCUCCUGCUACUAGAAUUCGUAACGAAAACCUUGUUGGUUUAGAUAUGGUAAGGGUGAACUUUCUUUAAUGGGGUGGUAGAGGCUAAAUGUAGUUCAAUAUUACGAGACUGAAUUUCAUUUUCUAACGAAAAAAAGGCGAAUUGGUUAGGAGAAGACUUAGACUAGGUUGUGCGGGUAAUGCUUUGAGGUUGUACCUGCUCUGUGAGUGACUCUCGGGUGUGAACAGUACUGUUUGUUUGUAGACAUUUUACGAAAGUAAAUAUGGUAUUUGUCUUAAAUUUUUAUCUAGUACUUAUGGAAAUUCCUGUUAUUUUAUUCGUCCAGGUUAUUUUUGAAGCAAUAGAGGCCUAUGAGAAGACUGAACGUGUAAAGUGGGUGCGAGAUUGGCCCGGACAAACUGUUCUUUGUGUGUCACAGCUUUAUUGGACACUGGAGAUACACAAAGCUAUCAAAGGGGGAGCUCAAGUAAUUAGUAAUCAUUACUAUCGCCAUACCAACGCCUGUGAUUUCUUCUCUAUCAUCAUCAUCAUCAUCAUCAUCAUCAUCAUCAUCAUCAUCAUCAUCAUCAUCAUCAUCAUCAUCAUCAUCAUCAUCAUCAUCAUCAUCAUCAUCAUCAUCAUCAUCAUCAUCAUCAUCAUCAUCAUCAUCGUCAUCAUCGUCAUCAUCGUCAUCAUCGUCAUCAUCAUCAUCAUCAUCAUCGUCGUCAUCAUUUACAUCGUCAUCAUCAUCAUCAUCAUCAUCAUCAUCAUCACCAGCAUCAUUGCCAUAAUCUUCUUCAUCGUAUCAUCAUCAUCGUCAUCAUCACCAUCAUCAUCAUUAACAUCGUUUGCAUCAUCCUCCUCCUCCUCCUCCUCGUUAUCAUCACUAUCAUCACCUUUAUAACUAUUCCCAUCAUCAUCAUCAUCAUCCUCACCUUAUUGGCCAUCAUCAUUGCUGUAGUCAAGUGUUUUCUUGUUAAAUGUGGCGUUAGACUGAAAAUCACACUCAUCAAAAUCAUCAGCUUCAGUAUUUUUAAGAACUUGUUAUCUAAAAUAUCGUUUGUUUUUAGGCCUUAAAUGAUUACCUUCAACUGAACAACAGUCAGAUUGAUGACAUUGUAGCUCUUGUGCGUGGUAAACUGUCGAAACAAAACAGAGCAACAUUAGGAGCCUUGGUGGUAUUAGACGUUCAUGCCAGGGAUGUACUUGCUAAACUCUGUCAACUGGGUAAGAUAUUUGUACCUAACAAUUGUAAUUGGUCAAUAGCAACUUUUAUCAUUUGAACUGGGAGAUUAAAUAAGCUCAUCGUUAUACGUUUUUGGGAAACUGUCCACCUACUCCUCCCCUAAGCCAACAUUAACACUUACUUCUUACUUAGGACAAAAUGUUGGCUUAGGGGAGGGGUAGGUGGGCAGUUUCCCAGAAAAGUGUAAUGAUGCUAGUAAUUUCGAAAUUCUCAAGACCUAUUCGUUCUCGAACUCGUAGUCAAAUCUAAAGGUCACUAAUAAAGAAAACGUGUCAUGUAGUUACAAUCAAAGGUUAGGGACUGCGGGUUUGAUCGAUGAUAGUUGUAAACGCUCCUCUUCUAAUGCUGUGCUCUGCACAAGUUUCACGCAAUAGAAUAAGCAAACGCGCGUGAUCAGAUCGCGUCCUGUGCGUUCCAUUCAUUUUAAGUCUAAACGAAAGCUGCUUAUACACAUUGCGCGCAUUAGUAAUAUCAAUCUGAAUAUCAGGAUUUGCGGGCUCCAAUAACUUUUGUCUGUGGACGAAAUCCAAUAAUGUUAUCAUUCAGGUGAAACGUCUUUGGCAGUACUUUACUGAUCUACGAUCAUUUUCACAGGUGUAAGUCGGGAAGAUGAUUUUGAGUGGUUGGCGCAGUUGAGAUACUACAUAGAGGUACAAUGUUUAUACUCUUGUAUAAUCAAUUCACAAUGUUUUUGCACUGGUGGAAAAAACAUUUACAGUAAGGGGUGCUGUGCGAUGGAUUCGGGCAGAAGAGAAAUGAGAAAUACAGGGAAUAUGUUCAUUUAGCAGGUGAAAUCUGGCUAUUUGACCGCGCAGAAAUUUGGGGCCAAUGAACUUGGAUCGCUCACAGAACUUAACAGUGGCGGAUCCAGACCUUCAGGUAAUGGGUGGGCCCGCUCAUGCCGACCCUGAGAUAGGUGGGGGGAGGGGGCAGUCUCAAUUUGGUCAGUUUGGUCUAAAAAAGAGGGGGGGGGGGGUGGGGCGCCGGGUCAUUCCCGCGUUCCCCUGAAUCCGCCACUGCUUAAGAACUUCCUUUUUACAACAGUGUGUUGUCAAAAGUCCUUCCAGUCAUUUGCGCAGUCACCUUGAUCACUCAACUGUUUUGUUCUUUGUUUAGGAGGAAAACGUGAUGACAAGAAUGAUUAGUGCUCAGCUGGCUUAUGGUUACGAAUAUCUGGGUAACUCAGGCCGUCUGGUUAUCACGCCCCUUACUGAUCGAUGUUACAGGUAAAGUCUUCCGUUUUUCUUCGCGUUCUAUGAAUUAACUCGCACGGUUGCAGGCCGAAAUGUAAGCAGUGACGUGGCGAUGAAGUCGCACGUAUCUAUUUAUAACUUUGAAAUUUGUGAACGAAAUUCCGUGAUGUUACCAUUCAACUAAAACCUCUUCAGCAGUACUUCACGUGGUACUAUUUGUUACCCAGUAUUUGGCAGAAUGAAAUUUGUGUUUAUUUUAUACAUAUAAUUUUGAUCUUCGUUCUCUGUUAUGCGUAUUUCAUAGGACUCUCUUUGGAGCACUGCAGCUCCACUUGGGGGGAGCCCCAGAGGGACCUGCUGGCACAGGCAAGACUGAAACAACAAAGGAUUUGGCAAAAGCUGUUGCCAAACAGUGUGUUGUGUUUAACUGCUCCGAUGGUUUAGAUUACAUUGCACUUGGGAAAUUCUUCAAGGUAACAGCUAGUACCAAUCUAAGGAUCAGUAUAAGAUUCUGAAAAAGGGCCUACCUACCCCCCCCCCUCCCCCCAACAUUUUGCUCCAAGUGAGAAGUCACUGUUAACGUUGAAUUAGCAGAGGGGUAGUUUGGAAAGUUCCCAGAAUAGUUUACUGAACAGAUAAGAGAGUACAAAUAAGAGAUGCAUUCUAGCUUCUCAAUGGAGAACAAAGUAUGCACCAGUUGUCUUGCCGUAAAAUGCCCCUAUAAAACCAAGAAGAUUGCUUUUAAGGCGGGGGGGUUACAUUCUUCACAUUUCUUGAAUACGUCUGUCUGUAAAAGCAACAGGAAAGGGCAGUCGUGGAUGAAAGCCCCACUACGAAGCUGUUGCCCUUGUUUUAGUGAGCUUUUCUCGUUUUACGCUUUGUACAAACCAAGCAGUCUUAAAUUUCCCUUAGGUCUGUUUUGACAUAUGAAUUCACGCCAUUUGGCUCAAUUUCUACUUUAUUUCGCUCACAGGGUUUGGCAUCGUGUGGGGCGUGGUCUUGUUUUGAUGAAUUUAACCGCAUCGAUUUGGAAGUGUUAUCAGUGGUAGCACAGCAGAUCCUAACCAUUCAAAUGGGUAUGUGCUCACUCACUACCUCUUGUUUAACUGUCUACGGGAACAUAAUCCGAGGAAAUGAGGGGAUCUCCCGGCUAACAGUGACUUUGUUCUAUAUUCCAUUUUUCCCUGGUUGAAAGUUUCGGUAAGCAAGGCUCUUGAUCCCUUUUACGCCUUUUACGAAAGGUCUUCCUCCCAUCUUUUUUACUGGUCGUUGACAUUUAUCAAACUUGCGCUUGUUGAUGCGUCAAUCUUUCAUAAUGCAAAGCCGGGUUUGGCUCAGACUCAGUUACUUUUGUGUUGAAUUGCUGCACAUCACUGUUUUCAGGGACAAAUUUUGACCGUGUUUCUUGUGUAACGUUUAAAUGUCACUAAAACAAUAAUACCUGUAGGAGCUUAUCAGUUGUUUGUAUUGCUUCAGGUAUAAAUUCCGGAUCAGACACCCUUUUGUUUGAAGGAACAGAACUGAAGUUAGACCCGACAUGUGCUACUUUCAUCACCAUGAACCCUGGAUAUGCAGGCAGGUCCGAGUUGCCUGACAAUCUCAAGGUACGCGUUUUCGCCAUUUUGAGGUUGCACGGGAGACCGGGUCGAGAUGGUAGUCAAGGUGCAUUGUGGGAUUGUUUUGGCACGAAUUUGCCGCCAUGUUGAAAAUGCGUCCCACAAAACAGUCCCACAAUGCACUUUGAAACCAUCUCGACCCGGUCUCUUGUGCAACCUCAAAGUGGCUGAUAACAUACUAAUUUUAAUUGUCUAUCUGUAAGUUUUUUUCCUUUCCACUUAUCUAUCCUGCUGCUGUGUUUUAUACUUCUUGCACCGUUUACCUAUACGUCAUCUUGACUUUCUUUUUUUCUUAUUGUUCGCAGGCGUUGUUCAGAACUGUGGCUAUGAUGGUUCCUGAUUAUGCAUUGAUCGCUGAAAUAUCUCUGUACUCAUACGGCUUUGUUAAUGUAAGUUGAAACUAAUCACGUGGAGUAUGCAAACUAAUUUCUCUGACCAGUUGCGACAAACGCAGUUACUAUAACGAACCAAUCACAGCUUGAAGAAAAUACGUGCAGCCGGUGGCAAGCGCGGGAAAAUGCACGUGAACAAGUACAAAGUAACGAAUGGUGCUAGCUAGGUUCUGAUUGGUCAAAACAGUGGUGGGAGAAUUAUUGACCAAUCAAAAGCUUAUUACAAUGCUUGCUUUCAUGUUUAAGGCCGCUGUACAUUAGCGAAACAAAGACAGGGUCGUAAAAUUGUUUUUUGCCAGUUCAACUAUUCAAAUAAACUAUGUCCCGUAACUUCUAUAGACAUAACCAUUUGAUAAGCUUGACUCAAUAGUGUUCACUGCAGCAUGCUGUUCUUCCUCAAUCACCUCCACUGCCUAGCUCUGAGUAUUGGUAACUCUUGCAUUUUCAUCGCAUUGAUGAGUUCUUUUAAUGUAUUUUUUUUUUUACACCAGGCCCGUCCUUUAGCUGUAAAGAUUGUCACUACGUACACUUUGUGCUCAGAGCAGCUGUCAUCUCAGCAUCACUAUGACUACGGCAUGAGAGCUGUCAAAUCUGUACUCACCGCGGCUGGAAACCUAAAGGUAACGUAACCAUACGACAUACCUCUCUUUUUCCCACGAUAAAAGCAAACAAAGGGCAUUAAUUAUGUGCGAAUUAAGUAUGCGUGCAUUAAUUAUGCGUCAAGGUGAGCGCAUUAGAUCAUAUUUAAAUGAUAUUUUUGCGCUUUACAAAUUUUAAAUUAUUAUUAUUUAUUCUCUAACUUUUGAUUGUGACCAGACUGAGCCUCUGGCACUCUUUUUAGUUAUCUAAUUGACAAAAUUAGUACUGUCACACUCUCUUAAUUUCUACUCAAAGGAUGUGAUAUCUUGUCUAUUUUCUCUUACUUGUUCUGUGUCUGUUAUUCUUUUUCAGUUAAAAUAUCCUGAUCAAAAUGAAGACAUUCUGAUGCUACGUUCUAUCAACGAUGUGAAUCUUCCCAAAUUCUUGGCUCAUGACUUGCCACUGUUUGAAGUAUGUUGACCAUAAAUUUACAUAUUUUCUUCAUGUGGUCUUGGGGAAAUUGCUUAUUUGGUGUGGUAACCGUAACGUAACUGAAUUUUAGGCUUAAAUCCUCUUUGCAGUUUUAGAUUGUAGUUAUACAUCUGGAACGAAGCGCUUAUGGUAGUUCGAGUUGAUUCAUAAUCAUCAUCACCUUACUCAAUUAUUAUCAUUAUCGUCAUCGUUAUUAUCAUAAUUAUUUUUACCAUCAUCAUCAUCAUCAUCAUCAUUAUCAUCAUCAUCAUCAAUACUAAUAUCACCAUCGUCAUUACCAUCAUAAUCAUCAUCACCAUUGUCAUGUUCAUCAGCAUCAUCAUCAUCAUCAUCAUCAUCAUCAUCAUCAUUAUCAUUGUUAAUAUCAAUAUCACCAUCGUCACUAUCGUCAUCAUUAUCAUUAUCAUCAUCAUCAUCAUCUUCAUCAUCGCCAUCAUUAUUAUAAACAUCAUUAUCACCAUCAUCAUCAUCAUCAUCAUCAUCAUCGUUGGGCUGAGUAGGUCAACUUAAGCUUUAUCCAAUAACUGCGAUCUUGGGCUCGCUUAUUUAAUGAAAGAUACUUACGUUGCACGUUUUUUGUGAUGUAGGGAAUCACUUCAGACUUGUUCCCUGGUGUCAAGCUACCUAAGCCUGAUUAUACGAUUUUGACAAAUGCUGUGGAAGAAAACUGCAAGGCAAUGAACCUACAGAUGACUGAACAGUUCCUCUCCAAGAUAAUUCAGGUCAGUUCUUAACUCCAUUUACUGUCAAUCGCUUCAGUUCAUAUCUCAGAGUAACCAUUUGCUGAGUUUGUUUUUGGUGGCCUAGAGUUCAACUCCUCAGUCAUGCCAUGAAUACACAACAACCCUCUUUGGGGUUCUGGUGUCUUUAUUCACAAUCGUGUUUUACGUGCUAGUGGCUGCUGUAGAAUCGCAUAAUGAGACAGGCAUGGCUACAGAUUACAUAUAUUUAAAGGGUUUGACGCUGAACGUCCGUCAUUCCUGAUAAAUAUGAUAGUCCUUUAUCGUUCACGUCUAAUGCAACUGGUUUGCCUCUAGACAGUUAGGCUUCUUAGUUCUUCAGCGUCGUGUUGGAUUUUCAGGAUUUGUUUAUAUCCUUACUUUAGGGUCACACUGAACACUUUUGGGUGAAAGCUUAUUCUAAUUGUCAUUUUCUUUAACAUGGCAGAUCUACGAGAUGAUGAUCGUACGUCACGGCUUCAUGAUUGUCGGCGAGCCGUUUGGCGGUAAGACAUGCGCAUAUCGUGUGCUGGCACGUGCACUUAGUGACGUAUCAGAGAAAGGUCUGAUGGAAGAGAACAAAGUACAGACAGUGGUCUUGAACCCAAAGGCCAUUACUAUGGGGCAGCUGUAUGGACAGUUUGAUCCUGUGUCUCAUGAAUGGUCUGAUGGAGUCUUAGCUGUCAACUAUAGGGCGUUUGCUACAUCAACUGUAAGUAUUGUGGAAAACGGACAAAUUCGGUUCAUUUACUCUGGGUUAUAUUCGCGUUACUUAAUGUUACUGGGGCCCAUGUUAUGCUGGUAUACCCAUGACUUUCCAAACGUCUCGCUAAUUAGUUCAAAACGUUCUUAAGAACUCGAAAUAAUUAUAUUCAGGACCGAUGCAGUUUAGUUCUUGCUGCAUUAAUUAAGAAGUAAUAUUUCUAACAUAAUACAUGUGAACGAGUUUGAUAUGAUAAGACUCUGGGAAGCGAGCCUUAAAAAAUGAAGUGCGGUCCAGUCUCUUUAACUGUUUUUUUGGAAAUCAUAUGAAACACUCGUUCUCAUGUUUGAUAAAGCUUCUCAAUUUAUCACUAUUUCGAAUAUUCAAUGCAAUAGCUCGCAUAGUAUUUGAUUUCAACACGUUUUUUACAAAAGUGACUUCAUUUGUUUUUUUCUGUCUUGAGAAAUUAAUACGUUUAAGGGCCUGUGGUGGUGGACCCCAGGUAGGUGAGGUAACCAGCUUAGAUGGGGUAACCCGCCUGUCCGUAAAAUCUCUCAUUUUAACUUGAUCACGUUUACAUGGUAGGUGGGGUGACCAGCCACAAGUUACAUCAGCUAUCUGGGGGUCCCCACCUCCAUGUAAACAGGCCCUAAGAACUAUGCAGCUCUAGAACGUUAAUGAAAAUACACUUUUGUUUACCAACACAGACUCCCGACCGAAAAUGGCUGAUUUUUGAUGGACCCGUUGAUGCAGUAUGGAUUGAAAACAUGAACACUGUCCUUGAUGACAACAAAAAGGUAAAUAUAUUCACUUAACCCUUUAAACCCUAAGAUCAAAAUUUGAAUUCUCGUUUGCUGCCCCUAUUCAUUUCCUACAGAAGUAGUGGGGAGAAGUUGAUAAAAUAUCAAGCAAAUUCAUCUUGCGUGAUCAUGUCCGUAAUUCUCAUGACCACUCUGUUUUACAAAGCAUUGAUAUUUUAAGGAGGAAUUUGAUGCUGAUCACUCUUAGGGCUUAAAGGGUUAAACCUUACUGUCCUUGGAGUGUUUUUUUUUUUCAAACUUCGUGUACCUGACACAGAUCACGUAAAACAAAAGACUUCUUUGUUUUCUUUCAGGAAAAACAUUUGCUUGGGGUUUUUCUUUUGUUUUACCUCAUCUGUGUCCGGUACACGAAGUAAAUGCCCCUUGAUGGAUGUCGUAUUCAGGACAGAGUACUUGCUACAGAAUCGCUUCCCGCUUCAGCAUAUCUAAAUAGUGUACUAUUGUUUUUUCAGCUUUGUUUAAACAGUGGUGAAAUUAUUCAGCUUGCACCAACUACAAACUUAAUCUUUGAGCCCUUGGACUUGGAGGUUGCGUCCCCCGCCACUGUAAGUAUGGCUCUUGUUCUCAGUGGAAACCUGGUUAACUUUGGAAAUCCUUGAAAGUUCAGAAAAUGCUUUAGAUGCCAAUAUAACUAUCCACCACAAUAUAAAAAAAUAAAUCGCAAUCGCAAACCUUUUAGCAAAAGGAGCAGUGAAGGCUGUGCAACCUCAGGAGGACUAGUUCACUUGUCCCCUGCCCAAAAUUUUGCAUCAAAAUUGAGCAUAAGCGAAGCUAGGAGACCUAAAGAAGCCAAAACGUAUAAGAGAUUUGCAUCAUAUCAUCAUCAGACUUGUGUAUGAGCCACUGAUGUUAUUGUUAGAGAUUGAUCUUUGGCAUAUUGACCAUUGUAGGUGAGUCGGUGUGGUAUGAUAUACAUGGAGCCCCACAUGCUCGGAUGGAAGCCAUUGCUUGUCUCAUGGCUCAAUACUCUUCCUAAGACGCUUAACGAAGAGAACCGUGAACUCAUCAAGGAUCUGUUUGAUAGAAUGGAAGAAGCGCUGCUGCAGUUCAUCCGCAAAGGAGGAUUCAAGGUAAAGGAAAAACUCGUCAGUUAAGUCCUUUAACGCUUUAAGCCCUAUUAUCAAAAUUCAAAUUCCCAUUUGCUGUCCUUAUACGUUUCCUAUAAAAGUAGUGAUGAGAAGUUGUUGAGGUAUCAACUCAUUGUAUCUUGUGUGAUUAUGUCCUUAAUUCUCAUCACCAAUCUGUUUAAUGAAGCAUUGAUAUCACAAGGGGAAUUUUGAUACUGAUCACUAUUACGGCUUAAAGUGUUAAAUGCGACUACCGUGGUAUGGGGUAAAUUACCCAUGGGCGUGUCCAAUACUUUAGUACGGAUAAAAUGCUUUUUACCUCGGACAACUGGGCAGGUUAUCUGGGAGGGCGUUAGCCACAUUAGGUCAUUAUUUUUGUUGUUUUGUCCAGGAACUGUCUCCCACAACAGACGCUAACAUGGUGAAAUCACACAUGAACCUCAUGGACACCAUGAUGGAUGAGUUCCAUGAUGAACAAAAGUUUAAGGAGCUCAAUGAAAGAGAAGUGGCUGCCUGGCUAGAGGUAUAAUUCAGAUUUUUUUGUCGAUUUUAUAGCAUGGGUGCCAAUGGCCAAAGUCAGUGACUCUGUUGAUGUGAUCCUAGCAAAAGCUACUAGGAAGUACUUUCCUAUGGUACUGUUUAUUACUCUGGAUAGUGUUCUAACUUUUCAGUCUAAGAGUCGUAAUGUGUGAUCAUACAAAUGAAAUGUUUAUAUGUUUGUUUCGUUCUUACGUUUGAGUCCGUGGAUGAUUGAUUUUUUUAAUUGUAAAAUCUGGGAAUCCUUUUUAUCUAUAGAAUAACCUUUUGGGUUCCAUUGAAUUAAGCUUUUUGCUUUCUUUUUUUCCAUCGUAGUGCAUCUUCCUCUUCUCUUGUGUGUGGUCGCUUGGUGCAUCCAUUGAUUUCAAAGGAAGAAAGGACUUUGACAAAGUGCUACGUGAGAUUGUGGAGGUAAUAUGAUUUUGAUACACCCACGUGCUUAAUGCACAUAGAACAUAACUGAUGCUGAAAUUACACCUGCCCUUUCUUGAAAGAGGUCAAGUUGCACCGUUUUAUUUGAAAGUUAAUAUACGACUGUACAUUAUACAGUGGAAACUCCCAUACGAACACAUUCUUGGAACCAGAAAGGGUGUUGUCUACCUAAGGCAGGUUACAACUAUUUGCAUGUCACUAGGACUACAGUCAACUCUCUCUAAGACGGACACCUUUGGGACCGGCGCUAAGUGUCUGUCUUAGAAAGGUGUCCGUCUUAUAGAGAUUCAAAUAAAAGGAGUAAAGAAAGGCAGGGACCAACACUAAGUGUCCGUUUACAUAGGUGUCCGUCUUAUAGAGGUGUCCGUUAAGAGAGAGUCGACUGUAUGAGUAAGAGUGAGCUUACAGGAAGUGUUCAUUGACCAUCACUUAGUGUCUGCUUAAGUGAGAUGACUAGUCUAUGACUUAGUGUCUGCUAUGAGAGCUGUCAAUUGGCUAAAUGUCAGUUCAUUGGAGGUAUCUCAUAGCGGAGUUUCGACUGUAAUUCCUAUAUACUAUAGAGGGUGAAUAAUGAGUUAAUUGCCUUUCUUGUUUUGUGCAGGGUCCCUUGUCGCUUGAAAGCAAGAGCAAGUAUCACAUAAUGGAGAUAGUGGAUCCCCCACCACGCCCUUUCCUGUGUCCCUUCCCGAGCAAGGGAAUGGUGUAUGACUACCGCUUCAUCAAAGAGGUACACAGUGUCAUCUAUACACCGACAAUCGAAUGUAAAUGCCUUUCAUCAAGAGAACAAAACUUAAUUUUUCUUUUUUACUUCAAUACGGACAAUUAGACGAAAUCGAAGGCGUGCUCAUAUUGCCACAUCAACUUAAUCUCAGUCUCAAUGGCGCUUGAUGAAUAAACUUGAACACUGUACAUACUGGUCUAUAUAGUUGUUAAAUCGAGGAGCAGCGUUGUUUUCCCGUGUGUUGGUCUUAUGAUUUUUUGCAUUUCAAAUUGUAAAUGGAAAUCAUGAGUUUCUGUUUGCGUUUUCAGGGGAUGGGCAAGUGGGAGCUGUGGACUGAAGAGAUCAAAGAUGCUCCCCCUAUUCCUAAGGUGAGUUCGGAAUUUAGUAUUUAGUAUAUCUACAUCCUAUCCGAUCCGGUAUACUACUGGAACAGCCUGACCUCGAAUACUUUCAGGGACAGUAGAGCAAUCGAAGCUCGCGGGUGGUAUGAAGUAGCCUGCCGCGAGAACAAACGAGGCGCGCCAGACUACACGAAAUCGCCAAUCGAAUGUGAACGGGAGUUAGGUCAUAUUAUUGUUGGGCUCCAUCCAUGUCAAAGAUCUCAGCUAUUUUGGGACACAAAUUGAAAUCGUCUUCUUUUCUCGAGGACCUUUUUUCUCCUUUUACUAAUAUAUUUAAGGGAAUAAUUUGCUGAAUAGAAUUGUGAUUUUAUUUUUGCAGGAGAUGGCUUUCAACGAGAUCAUAGUGCCGACUGUUGAUACAGUGCGGUAUACAUUCCUGCUGGAACAGCUGGUCUCGCACCAGAAGGCCUGUUUGUUUGUUGGGCCUACGGGAACAGGAAAAUCUGUUUACAUUACGGUAAGUAUGCUAUAGGCAUUAUCAAUUAUCCCUGUAACACUAACAUAUUAUAAGUAGGUACUUUUGUCUUACGGGAGUUAUUGGUAAUUAAGGUCAAUUAGUUGUGUUGUUAUGUUGCGCCUUUAAAUAAACCUUAAGCCAGGCGGAGCGUAAGCGAGCGCCUCAUUCUCCUCGCUAUUUCGUCGCUGCUUGCGCUCCCCUCCAUUGCCCUUUCUCAAGAAAACAGCCAGUUUCGGAGGAUGAAAUUUGCCGACAACAGCAGUUAUUACUUCAUUUUCUUACUCGAUGAUCUAUUCUCCCACAGAACUUCCUUCUGAAGAAGCUGUCUGACACCUACAAACCACUGCUGAUCAAUUUCUCGGCGCAGACCACCGCUAAACAGACACAAGACAUCAUCAUGUCUAAACUGGACAAGAGACGUAAAGGAGUGUUUGGUCCUCCAUUGGGCAAGAAAACGGUGCGUGUCUGUAGACAAAAUUCGAAUCAUUGUACGUUUCUGGGAAACUGCCCACCUACCCCUCCCCUAAGCCAACAUCAACAUUUACCUCUCAGUUAGGGCAAAAUAUUGGCUUAGGGGAGGGGUUGAUGGACAGUUUCCCAUUUAAAAUUGCUGCCUACGAGACUUUAAAAAACUUAUGGUUACACCAUAAGUUUUUCCUGUCCUGCGGUGAGGCGUUGUUUUUUUUUUCAACUUUGAGAAGAGAGGGUGGAAAAAACUCCUUUCCGCAAGAGACAUAUAACGAUAUAAAGAUGACAUGAUCGCACCCUAGCAGUAAUCUAGAAACGCAAGGGUUAGAAGUGCAUACAUUCCUCAUCAAACUCGUUACUCCAAGUACACUCAUGACUUUGUUCCUUUUUCUGUCGUGGUCGCAUGGGGUCCCCUGAGUGAUUUGUUUCUGCUGUGAUUGCAGGUUGUGUUUGUUGAUGAUCUGAACAUGCCGGCUCGUGAGGUGUAUGGUGCCCAGCCUCCAAUAGAACUGCUCCGUCAGUGGAUGGAUCACUGGAAUUGGUAAGCUUUUUAUCUUAAGCAAGCCCGCUAUAUCGUUACCUGGCGAUUACGAUCUUCAUAACGUGAUCGAUAUGAUCGCAUCACAUCACUAUCACGAUGUACCAAGCGUUAUUGGGAGUAUCUCAUCGUGAUCACUCUCAUCAAAUUGUUAUUGCUAUUAUCACAUCGCGGUCGCAAUCACCACAUCGCAAACGCUUUAAUCGUAUCGCGAUCGCCAUCACGUCAUGCGGCGGUCGCGAACACGAUGUGAUCGUCGCAAAAGAGCUUUUUCAAGACGCCGUGAUCGCUAUUAUCGCAUCACGAUCGUGAAUACAAACUGCCACAAAGUUAAAAUUUCCGCGGAUUUUACAGGUAUGAUUUAAAGGACACCUCUCCAAUUCACCUGGUUGACAUUCAGAUGGUUGGUGCCAUGGGCCCACCUGGGGGUGGACGUAAUCCCGUCACACCUCGCUUCCUGCGUCAUUUUAACACCAUCAGCAUCACCACGUUUGAUGACAGCACCAUGAUUAAGAUAUUCGGUCGGAUCAUGGAAUGGCAUAUCACCACAAGGUACGUUCUAUCAUACACCCGGGGAUGGGUUUCUUUCCUACCUCUCCCGGGGGUAAACUCCAUUAUUCCGUUAGCCCAGGGGUAAGCUCUCAGUGAGCUUUUGCUGCAAUAAACGUCUCUGUGAUUUAUACUAGUUUGUCCUUCCCCUUGGUAUUUAUCCUGAGUUAGUCGAGCGUUUAAAGAUAAGGGAGCCGUUCGUUUGAAAAUUGGAAUUGGUUCUAAGGGAGGAGCUGCUCUCUAAUUCAGGAAAAACUGAAUUGUCUUUAACUUUAGAUUUACCGUGCAUAACGUUGGUGUAGAGUUACCGGCGGACUGUGUGUGUGUUUUCUUACUAAGUGCUGUUAACCUCUGUGGUUUCAGGGGUUUUGCCAAAGAAUAUCUUGCCGUCGGCGAAUUACUGGUUAGCAGUACUUUAGAAGUGUACAAGAACGCCAUGGUAAACCUGCUGCCCACCCCAGCUAAGUCACAUUAUUUGUUCAACUUGAGAGACUUUGCUCGCGUGAUCCAAGGUACUCUCCUCUCCACCCCUGACAUUAUUGAAGAUCCUGAUAACCUCAAGCGACUCUGGUGCCAUGAGGUAUGCUAUCUUUAAUUCGAAAUAAUACAUAGUAACAAAACACCGCGAGUGAUUUAACGAUUAGUUGACUCAGGAACCUGUGAUUCUUGAAGAACGCGGGAAAACGCCGUUAAGCAAACCAAACAUGGUCUGACUGGUUUAAUGAUUCUAACUAAUGACAACAGUCACCAACAACAGUUAAACCAAUCAGAAUUGAAUGUUAAAUAAUUCAUAGCAACGGGACUCAGGAAUCUGUGACUCCUGAAUUCCAUGCAGAGAAAAGGGGAAUUCUUAAGGGACUAGUAGAAAGGAAAAAACCUCAUAGCUCAUGAUGAGAACUAAUGCCAAACUGAACCUGCAUUAAUUAUGGUGUUUCGUAGUUGACUAGGAUUUGACGCCGACUUUACCAGGAAGGGGAAAGGAGGAAAUUGGUGUAAGGAGGAAAUCCUCUCGGGAAAUCCUCUUAGCUGUAGUUGUCUUCAAAUUUAGUUGAUACGCUUAAGUUUGAUAUACUGUAAGAAGUAAUGUGAAACGAAAAUCAACAAAGAUGCUUGCCUGUACCGCUAGUCAACUGGCCUGUGGGCAGCAUCUUUGAUCGUGGUGGGGGAAUGGGAUUAAGUUUGUCGUUUUGUUGUGUUACCACCGAAAGUACUUCGAUUACGAAUUUGUCGCCGAUUCUUGGACAAGUACCAACCGGAAGUUUAUUACGGGAUUUGGUCCCUGCCUAUUUUGGUUAGGGAAGAAGGAUUGUCGGAAAUGAAUUUCUAACCGGAAGUUUUUGUUUUUAGGUUUACCGUGUGUACUAUGAUCGGUUAGUGGAUGACAGUGACAGACAAUGGCUGUUUAACUUCCUGCGUGAAAUGAGUAAAGCUCACCUGGGUGUGGAGUUUGACAAGUUGUUUGAACGACUGGACUCCAACCAAGAUGGCCGAGUAGAGGAAGAUGACUUAAGAAGCUUGAUUUACUGUGAUUUCACGGAUCCCAAAGCUGAUCCUAAGCCUUAUGUUGAAGUCAAGGACUUGGAUAAACUGCGCAGUGUUGUGGAGACUUACUUGGAUGAGUUCAAUAACAUGAGCAAGAAGCCUAUGAAUUUGGUCUUGUUUAGGUAAACAUUAACAGCUUAAGGAAUAGGCCAUUUUCCAGUUUUGUACUCAGUGCGGUGGCCUUUGAAUAGAAGCGAGGCUGCAGGUGACCUUGUUUUGUUACAAAACGUGCUUUUUUCAUAUGUAAAUGUUGAUGUUCUUGGGCUUGUUAACUUGAGGACAACACGACAUGAAAAGCAGUAAAAAUGUAAGAUAACUAGGUCAGCUCCUGCCUUGCUUCCAGAGUACUGAGCACACAACUGCAAGAUGGAGUAUUGAAGUUCCUCGGUCAGUGCGAAUCAGAAAAAUAGUCCAAGUUUUCCCAACACGAAUCACACCUGUAACCUACUGGUUACUAGUCUAGGUUCUCUGUGACUGAGCUAUAGAGACCAAUGAGAGCUCAGGCCAGUAAAUUAGGUUCUUGUGACAAUCAUGCCUAUAGCUAGUAUUGGAAUGUCGAUAGGUGUCUGGAGCCCAUCAAUAGGAGCCUCUAUCGUCAUUAAUUUUUUAAGCCAACCCUUUCCUGAGGAGCUUCUGUCGCUGUCAGGGAUUGUUUCAAGUGAUCAAGUAACCUUACCGAUAUACCUUACGUCUAAUUUUAGGUUUGCUAUUGAGCAUGUCUCUCGAAUCUCCCGUGUGAUCAAGCAACCUCGUGGUCAUUGUCUCCUGGUGGGCGUUGGUGGCAGUGGAAGACAGAGUCUGACUAGGCUUGCUGCACAUAUGGCAGACUAUGACUUGUUCCAGGUAAUGUUAUCACUCUGACCAAUCAUAAGGUACUCAGACACAGCUGAACCAAUCAGAACUAAAAGAAAAAAUGUCGACGUCGCGAGGCGCGGGAAAACACCGUGAAGCAAACUAAACAUGGUCUGACUGGUUUAAUCACUCUAGCCAAUUAUAACAGUCACCGACAGCAGUUAAACCAAUCAGAAUUGAACGUUUAAGCAUGUUGCCAGCGUCAAGAGCGCGAAUUUCUCUUUUUCGCAUUUUGAACCAACAAGUAACCGCGGCAGUUCCGCAUUAAAGCCAGCACAUACAACUGAAAAUCCGCCUUACUCAAAUUUAAUUUCCUCUAACAUCUUCUUAAUAGCAUCUUCUUAAUGUGUACUUCAGGUUGAAAUUGGCAAAGGAUACACCUCAACCGAGUGGCGUGAAGAUCUGAAGGCAAUCCUGAGAAAGACGGCGGAAGGCGAAACGAACGGAGUGUUUCUAUUUACCGACACACAGGUAAGAAUAUCUAACAAGACUAUCAGUCAGAGAAGACCCUGACGACGCGUAAAAUAAGGUGGAUGCGAAUUAAUUCCAACUGCUGAUAUGACCGCUGAGGUGAGGCCAGAUCGCCACGGUAGACAGCGCUUUCUUAUUUUUUUGUUGCGCGUACAAGGCAAUGAGAUUAUCAGCAAUAGGUUCUAGCAAAGCGAGCCAUGAAACCUCUUCACGAAGCUCCAAAAUUUCAUAGUUUUUAGCUCGGUAGCCUAAACGCCCAGCCCUGUGCUAGGCUCAGUUCAACUCCUUAACAAGGCGAAAACGUUCUCUACAAGCCCUAACACUUCCGCUAGCUGUUUUUGUUUUGUAUUGUUUUUUUUUUUGUUUUGUUUUGUUUUUGUUUGUUUUUUUUUGCAGCUUUUCUUUAUUAUAACCACACACAUCACAAGCUAAUGUGUUUCCCUAAUACUUGGCUAUUCCAGUCUGGGAUUAAGAGAUGUCUUUGUCUGCACUGACUUUUCAUACUUUUGUGUUCCCGUUUUAGAUUAAAGAGGAGUCUUUCUUGGAAGAUGUUAACAACUUGUUGAAUGCAGGCGAGGUGCCUAACCUGUUCCCUCUGGAUGAAAAACAAGAGAUCUGUGAAAAGAUGAGAGUCCUAGACAGGUACAAGCGCUUAUUUGUUGUAAUCAUCAUUUAGCUGAGGCAUCUAGGAGGGAACCAUUAUGUGCAAACAGUUUUAAAGCACCAUAAUAAAGAACUGAAUGAUCCUACUUUAAAAUUUCUGAUCACAGGCUCCAAAUUUACAACUCCUUGUACAGUGUAAUGAACAGUACCUCAGCAAAGUACCGCUUGGUAGCUUUCUUUGAAUGGUCAAAUUAUUGCAAAUCAUCCUCAGACUCAAAAUUAUAACUACCUCGUUUACCUUUAUAAACAUUACACUGGAAUCCCGCAAUACUGGCACUUGAUCGAGACGGAUACCUGUAUAUAAUGGAAGGUUACGUUUGUCCCGACACUGAAAAAUGACAUAAUUUCUCUAAAAAUAUCCCCCUUAAUACGGACGCCUGGAUAAUACGGACACUAUGGCAUCUAUCCUUUGUGUCCUUGUAAACUGCGUUCCACUGUAUAACCAUCACUUCUCGAGGAUUUUUCUAUAUAAAGAGUUCUUAACUACCUUUAAAACGUCCUAUUUAUUUGAUUCUUUACAAGGCAACGCGACAAGUCCAAGCAGACAGACGGUUCUCCUGUUGCACUGUUUAACUACUUUGUUGAACGAGUCCGCGACCAGCUUCAUAUCGUGUUGGCCAUGAGCCCCAUUGGUGACGCCUUCCGUAACAGACUCAGAAAGUUCCCUUCACUGGUAAACUGCUGUACCAUCGACUGGUUUCAGGUAAUCAUGUUACAAGGGUUAAUUUUAGUUAGUGGAAUAUUUUCCUUGAUUCGUGUUAUACAUUCUACAAUCCUGAAGAAAAGUCCUUGCGACAGUAAUGCAGUAUUCAUAAUACGAACGCAAAAAGCGCUUUAAAUCACCUUGGUUUUUAUUUUUUAGUCUUGGCCAGACGAUGCCCUUCAAGUUGUAGCUCAGCGAUUUUUGGAGGAGCUAGAAAUGGAGCCGCAAGUUAAGAAGGGCUGUGUUCAGAUGUGCAAGACUUUCCACACUGGAACAAGAAACCUGUCCAAAUCCUUCCUUGACGAGCUCAAGAGGCACAACUACGUGACACCAACUUCGUAUUUGGAACUCAUAUCAACUUUCAAGAACCUUCUCAACAUGAAACAAGUGUAAGCGCAACUGUGAUAAAGUGUUUCGUUUUUUUUUUUUUUUUUCAGUUUUCUUGUGAGACUAAGAGCGGAAUUUUGAUUGGUUUUAAGAGAAGUAUCGAUAGUACUUUCAUGUAAUGCGCAUUUGAUCAUAUUUACAUGUAUUUUGCGCAAUAUAAAUAUUAAAUUAUUAUUAUUAUUGAUAAUACUUUUUGGAUUGUUAGGGAUUUUUUGCGAUUCGUGAUUGGUCAAAAAGAUAUCUCGGCACUUUCUUAACCAAUCCGACUUAAUGCGAAAAACAACCAUGAUUUUUUCACGUGCGUUUUCCCCUCUCAAUGUCAGCUUCAUGUUUUCACUUAGAAUUGUGAUUGGUUCAUUUGAAUGGCUGCUUGCAUACUUUAGUUUUUCGACAAUAUUAUAAUUGCCCUUUGGUGUUAGAAGAGUUGCUAAUGUUUUGUACGUUUUAUUUUACAGUGAAGUUCUUAAAGCAAAGAAACGAUAUGAGACUGGUUUGGAUAAGCUGGCAUCUGCUCAGUCACAGGUAACAAACUUUAUGUACAUUGUGAAUGAAAUUCAUAUCGAUGUAUUCCUUAAUCCCCAGGAAAUCUAGUUUCGAGGGCAUAAACUCGAGUACCAGCAGUCUUAGCUUUCUCUUGGUUUCACCGCUCUAACAGUCAUAGCUGUCAUUUGUUGUCAGGUAUCAGCUAUGCAGGGUGAACUGGAAGCUCUGCAACCACAGCUUAUUCAAGCAGGGAAGGAGGUAGAUGAGAUCAUGGUUGUUAUUGAAAAAGAUUCGGUGGAAGUCGCCAAAAAAGAAAAGGUAAGGAAGAUUGCUGAGUAGUGUAGGAGCUGCUCGGAAGGUCUCUUCUAAUUGGUCGCAAGAAAACAAUGACAUGUCAUUCUUCCAAUUGUUUUAGUAUUGUUAAGGGUCAGGGAAACGCACCAUUGGUGACUUCUCUUCCGAGCAGCCGCUACAUACCCAGAUUGUUACAUCGCAUUAAUCAAUCGAUUUGAAAGUCGAAGGUGCUGCUUGCAGCAGAACCGGGAUAAGUCCCUGUUGUUUGUACCUCCCAUUGGUCCAAAUGCGCCUCCGCUGAACUCUUUAAGUUUCAAGUGUGACCAACAGCAGUUUUCUCCCAACAAUGCCAAUACAUACUGAAGUGAAAAAGGUUAUGACAAGUAAUGAAAUAGUACCUAACGGAAAAUGCUUUCAUCUUUAGACGAAUUCUCUCAAUUUAUUCUUAAAGGGAAUGUAUGGAGAUAAGUAUGGAGAAUUUCUAUGUGGAUAUUGGGGCUUAAGGGGUUCGCGAGACGUAUACGCCCUAUGCGGCGUUACUUUAUGGGCGAUUGAUUUGUUGAGUUGAUUUUGAUCUUGUUUGUUAGGUGGUGAAGGCAGACGAGGCGGUUGCCAACAAGCAGGCAGCAGCUGCUCAGGCUAUUAAAGAUGAAUGUGACAAGGACCUUGGUGAAGCUAUUCCUAUCUUAGAGGCUGCUCUAGCUGCUCUCAACACGCUGACAAAUGCGGUGCGUAACCAACAUCAUUUCAAUUGAGCGAAUUUUGUUGUUGUCCAAUCACAACGUAGGCUAUCCGUCCAGAGCCAAUCAGAAUUCGAGCCAAAUAUACGAAGUGGCCUCCAAGCGCGGGAAAACAUGUGCAUGCAAAGUGACGAAUGUUUUCAUUUUCAACUCUGAUUUGUUAAGAAAAGUGGCGUGAUAGUUUUCACCCAAUCACAAAACGUAAGAUUACAAUGCUUUCCGUAGUUGGCUUGUUCUAGCCAAGCACUUGGCACGGGUGCUAAGCGCGGGAAAACUUGUGCAUGCAAGCGAGGACUGUUUUCAAUUUCAAUUCUCAUUGGAUAAGAAAUUGGCUUGGUAAUUUUUUAGCCAAUCACAAAACGUCGGAAUGCAAUGCUUUAACCCCCAUUUGCUUGUUCUUUUAUAGGAUAUCACUGUAAUGAAGACUAUGAAGUCACCUCCCGCUGGCGUUAAACUUGUUAUGGAAGCUAUUUGUAUCUUGAAAGGAAUCAAGGCAGAGAGAAUCCCUGAUCCCUCUGGGUCAGGUAAGGCACAAGAAAUUCAGUACCGUAAAUUCUCUAUUAAGCCCCUGAAGGCUUAUAUAUUCCAAGUACGUAUUAGGCGGGGGGCUUAAUAGAGAGGGGGCUUAUUUAAUUAGAGUGCAAAACAGUCGGGUUUUUUUUUUCUUCUAAAAAUCGUCUUAGAGUAGCGUACGAGUAGCGUAAGUCUCACGCGCGCGAAUCUCAAAAGCCUGUAGGGAUUCUCUCCCCAGUCUCGCUCUCCGUUUUCAGCCUCGCUCCAGACCUUUUGGUUGAACGUUCGCUUGUCAUUGAAUACGCAAAAAUACGGACUGUUUUGCUGUCUAGUUUAACAGAGGAUUUACGGUACUUGCAUUAGAAAUUGGAAGGAUUCAUUUGGGAAAUAUCCGGCCUCAUUGCCUGAGGCGAAAUCGUACGGAAUAGCCAUUAACCCUUACGCGUCUUAUAAUUGACUUGGAUUCUUCACAGGAAAAAAGAUUGAAGACUUUUGGGGGCCUUCAAAGCGUCUGUUGGGUGACAUGAACUUCUUAAAAUCCCUGCAAAACUACGACAAAGAUAACAUCCCACCAGCAAUUAUCAAAACCAUUCGACAAAAGUACACUUCAAAUACUGAGUUUGAUCCUGAAAAGAUCAAGACUGCAUCCACUGCUGCCGAGGGAUUAUGCAAGUGGGUCGUAGCGAUGGAGUCUUACGACAAGUAAGUCUGGCAUACAAAUGUCUUUGAAGGGUUAGUGCGCGUUUUAUUGCGCGUUUUGAUUACCGCAGCACGAUAAGCUUAGUCGGUUGAGCGCUUGACUGCAGAGCGGUAGGACGCCGAUUCGAUUCCCGAGGGGAGGGGGGAAGCGUUGCGUGACGUCACAAAGAACGGCUGUGAAGCAGACUGGAGCCUGGUUGUUCAAACGUUAUCUAAUUGCUGUGUCCAUUGGAUAGUGUACCCAGUCGAUAGCGUUAUGCCCCUUUUGAACAAGCUCAAUCUCACUAACUGUGAUCAGAAUGUCAACAUGUGUUUAGAACUAACUACACAACUGUCGGAACCGGUUACUGCCUUUCUGCUUUGGUUUUGGUGGUGACACUCAUACGCCGCGAUUGAUUGUGAUUCGGUACCCAAACAAUCCCAGAAGUAGCGAAAGCCAGUGUUCCAUCUCACAGGGACUAGUGCGUAUUGCGGUUCUGUUUUCUCUAUGAGCGCUAACAGAACCUCUUAACUUAGUCCAUUUUUUCGUUGUUUUCAGGGUGGCACGAGUUGUGGCUCCGAAGAAAGCAGCUCUAAAGGAAGCUGAAGCGGAGUUAGCUGUUGCUAUGGAGGUGAGCGUUUUUACUCUCUCUCUCCCUCCCUCUCUCUGGUUUUCAUUCACUUCCUGACCUGUUAUUGCGCAGGUUUCCCCAUAAUAGCAUAGGAGUUAAGGAAGGCGCGCGUUUUGAAAGCUGUCCCAAGUUUACGGCGAAAGGUGGUAAAGGCAACGAAAGGAAAAGGAUAGCGUCGUCGCAAGCGUUCCCUUUCUCCCCCUCCUCGCGUGAUUCUCUCGUUCCCGCGCGCCGGAAUUCCCCUUUAGUUCCUGCCACGCAGGCUUCAUGUUUUUAUUUUCAGGACGUUAGAGCGCGUUAGGAACUUUAAAAUCAACAUAAGUGCAGUUAUUUCCUUGUUAUGUCAUGUAGUCUUUGCUAAAUCUGUCAUCCUGUCAGAACAAGAGUUUGGGUUUAGUUUAAUACUUCGCGAGCUGGUACACAGAUAGCAAGUUAGUGGGGCAGGAACGCGUGACAAGCCCCUAAGAACUUCUGUGUGGGAGGCUAGUUCACAAAUGGAAAUCUUGGAAAACACACUUUUACUGUUUAUGUUCUCGUUUCUUGGCAGAGCCUCAACAAGAAGCGAUCCGCUCUUCAAGAGGUUCAGGACAAACUGGCUCGACUACAAGAGAAGUACGAAGCUAACGUAAAGAAGAAGGCAGAUUUAGAGAAACAGGUAGGAUCGAGUAAUAGAUUUUUUUUUGUUAGUAUUAAUUGUUCCUAGUCUUUCGAACAUUUUUCUGUUUUCUUUUUGUAGGUUGAUCUUUGUACGAAGAAACUUGAGCGCGCAGAGAAACUCAUUGGUGGACUUGGAGGCGAAAAAACAAGGUCAGUUUCAUUAUUUACCAAAGAUUAAAACAAAAAAAUAGAUGCAAAGAAGAUCAUCGUAGUAAGAGACACACCUUAUUCAUCUAUUUAACGUUAGUGAGGUCCCACCUUGGGUGCGCAAUACAAGUGUGUAUUGCAUUUCGUGUAGUGACCUGUUUGUGUGCACCACUUACUUUUUUCAGAUGGACUGAAGUAGCCAAGCAGCUUGGUAUCAAGUUUACAAAUCUCAUUGGAGAUGUAUUGGUAUCGUCUGGAGUAGUGGCAUACUUAGGAGCUUUCACAGCUGCCUUUAGACAGGUAAAUCUCAUGAUUUUUUCUCUUCACUGUGGGAAAACAGCCGAUGUUUCACGACGCCACCACUAGUUUCCUAGUCUCCCUCGCAGCCGUUUUUGUCUACGACCGUUGUGUGAAGAAACAAAAACGGCUUGCGUGAGAGACUACGGGUUUCCCCGCGAACGAGCGCCAGAAUUUCUAUACUGAUGAUGUGUCACUAUCCACAUCUUGGUGGAACUUCUGAUUGGUUGCACCGCGAAGGAAAUUAUUUGAGCCAAUCAGAAGUAUUUACCCAGAUCUGGAAAGUAACACGUCAUUAGUAUGGAAUUUUGCGCGUUUGUUUAUCAGACUCAUUUCGCGGGGAAACUAGUUAUGGCGUCGUGGCUGUUUUCUCAGGCUCUUUCCCCCUUUAUUUUUUUGACAGAGCUCGAGUGGGUUGUCGAUUAGAACAGUCACCUCUUGCUAAUACACCCCAGCUUGACUUCUUAACUUGCGCCAUACGUUUUGCUUCAUUUUUUCUUUUUACUCCAGUUUUGUUCAUUUUUGUGGCUCAUUUUAAAUCGACGAGAGUCAGUAUUAUGGUGUAUUGAGAAAAGGUUUAGGUAUUCCUAUCUGCUCCAAGGAUUAUACUCGUGCCACCCUUGUUCCCCAUCUUACCUGUCGUCCCAUCGGUAACUCAAAAAGCUUUAUUGAGAGGCAAAGGAUUUUUAUUAAGGCUGGCGUGCAUCUCCUUCAAUACCAUCAUCUUCCAGUUCUCUGAGCUCUUGAUCACAGAAUGAUUUCUCUUGUUUUUUCUUGCCAGCAACAAACUGUAGAAUGGGUGAAAGCUUGCCGCGACACCAACAUCCCCUGUUCAAAUGACUUCUCGGUGACCGGGACUUUGGGAGACCCUGUGAAGAUAAGGGACUGGAACAUAGCUGGUCUACCAACCGACAGUUUCUCUAUUGAGAAUGGUAUCAUCAUCAGGUAAUUAACGGUGCUCAUUAUUCAUUUCAUAUAUUCUUCCUCGCCUCAGCCAUUCACAUAGGAUAUCCCGUAGUCUGAAAUAUCUUACGGCUUCCCUCCCCCCAACGGGACGUUUUGCCUCCCGUUGUGUAGGGGCGGGGGGGGGGGGGGGGGGGGGGGGCGGCGAAGAGGCGAAGGAUAUUUCCGACUAGAUAUCGGGGCAAAGAAGGGAAAUUGGGAAAAAGGUUCCAAAAAUAUGAAAAAAAAAAAAGAAAAAAAAAAAAAAAAAAAAAUAAUUAUAAACAAUUUUUAGUUUGAUGAUUGAUCCACAAGGACAGGCCAACAAGUGGGUGAAAAACAUGGAAAAGAAGAACAAUUUACACGUGAUUAAAAUGACGGACGCCGAUUACGUCAGGACCCUGGAAAACUGCAUUCAGUUUGGAACUCCCGUAAGUUAUCUUGACAACAGCUCAAUUGUCUAUUUAAGUUGCUGAAUUCCUGUCUUGUUCUUAUCUUGUGAAUGUUUACUUAUGCGCGUUUACCUGUUGUUUUUCAUAAGGCCUUGUUUUAUUUUAACCUUGCGCGUCAUGAAAAUCUCCAGCAUAAGUACUAGGAUAUAUUUAGAUGAAUAAGCAAGACUGGUUCAGUUUUUAAACGAAGGAUUGUUUUCCCUUUGUUUUUAAGGUUUGUAGAAAUGCCCAUUUGUUUCUCUCCGUCUUUGCUCAGGAAUAUGAACGACUUCUUUUUGACUUUUCAGUUUUAAUUCUCCGAAGUUAAGCCUAUUCAAAUAACGGGUAAUUCAUUUAGAGAAAAAAAAAACAUCGAUCAUAGCUUAAGAAAACAGCCGACAUCAUCAAGUUUUGCGAGGUCACCAAUGAUUUUCCAGCGGUGAAGCCUGAGGAACGAGCGCAGAAAUUCCAUACUGAUGACGUGUCACUACCAAGAUCUGGGUAUUAAUUCUGAUUGGCAGAAGCAAAUUUUCAACCAAUCGUAAGCACAACCAAGGUCUGUGUAGUAACACGUCAUCAGUAUGGAAUUUCCGCGCUCGGUCCUCAGACGGGGAAACCAGUGCGUCUCAAAAUAUUGGCUGUUCCCCCAGGCUACAUCAUCAUUCAUCAUUUAUUCAUCAGGUUUUACUUGAAAACGUUGGUGAAGAGUUGGACCCACUGUUGGAGCCGCUGCUUUUGAAACAGACCUUCAAACAGGGCGGCAGCAUCUGCAUCAAACUUGGAGACAGCGUCAUUGAGUACUCGAAAGAUUUCAGGUAAGUGUUCCAACAUACCACGAGAUCAUUUCUUGCCGAUGCUCUCUGGGUAUGACUUUUGUCUGGCUGUGACAAUAUGAAGAUGCACCCAAGCAUCAUUGACUUUUCCUCCCCCCCCCCCCCCCCUCCUCCCUCCAUCACCCCCUCCUCCCCACCGUCUCCUAUCUCACCACAACCUCACCUUUAUCUUACUCACACUUUAUUGUUUCACUUAUGUUUUUCGUUGUAUUCUCCUCUUGCUUCUACGUUACGUUGUACACACUUAUCUUUAUUAUUCAGAAAAUUUACUGGAAGUUUGUUAACUAUCCCCGCGGUCAUUUUUUGCGGGUGAUCCUUGGGUUUCACUUUUUGUCGCUUUUACAAAAAUGAAAGUCCCCCCAAGCAAUUUUGAGUUUUCCCCCCCCCCCCCCCCCCCCACCCCUCGUUUUUAGAUCUCUCUAAACAAGGGUUGCUUACCGCAAACUAUUUGUUGUCUAAAUCGACUGCCAUUUGUGCGUCCAGAGUAGGUGAUUUUGCAUUCGCAUAGCGCGCCUUGUGAUUGGAUGACAAAGCUACGUUAUUUUCUUAACCAAUGAAAAGAAAAAGUUAAAACCAAUCACAUUAAGCUUUCCUACAGAUGUUUAGCUCGCUUGGUACUGGCUCCUUUAAUGUGGUUAGUUCAUAUUAUCUUCUGAGCCUGUUGCGAUUAUUGUCGUUUCGCUUGCCACCCUCAACUAAACUCGUACCCAUAUCUCUCUCUGUUUUACGCUCGGUAGUUCUGAAUCCGUUGAAAGAACCCUGCCCUUCUCUGUACUCUACUCUGUUAACUCGAUUGUUGUUGAUGUUUUAGGUUCUACAUAACAACAAAACUGAGAAAUCCACACUACCUACCAGAGACAUCCGUGAAGGUUCGUAUACCGUAUCUCAAGUACCAGUCGGCUUUGACACAUAUUUUAGAUUUCCCUUUCGACUUUAUUUUUGCCCAUCAAGUUCCGAUAAUGCUUAGUGUAAUAAUUUUAUGUAUCGCGUUUUAACUACAGGUGACUCUGCUGAAUUUUAUGAUCACGCCCGAGGGACUCGAGGAUCAGCUACUCGGAAUUGUUGUGGCACGAGAGAGGCCUGAGCUCGAGGAAGAGAAGAAUGCACUGAUUAUUCAGAGCGCUGAGAAUAAAAGGUACUGUUGACUCAGAGGGGGAUCUAGGGGAAGGGUGCAGGGGGUGCGUACCCCUUCCCCCUCUGAGAUGACCUGCGGCUUUCUAAUACAACUGGUAAUUCUCAGCCGUUCACAUUAUGUUAUUGCCUAUUCAAAAGCCUUCUUCUUUGUAUUCGCUUUUAAAAUUUGUUUACGUCACCAGUCAGUUACGUCAUUCCUUAGUGGUACACUCCCUAGUAAGAAAAAUCCUGGAUCUACCCCUGUGACUAUGCUGUGUACUGUUCUUUUGCAGGUUCCCCGGCCUUGCUUUCGCAUUUGUUUCGGCGUUACUUCUGCUGCUGGUGCUACUGAUUAGAUAAUAACUAUUUCCUGUUUUACUCCUAUCUAGACAACUGAAAGAGAUUGAAGAUAAGAUUUUGGAAGUCCUGUCCUCUUCUGAGGGGAACAUUCUUGAAGAUGAGACUGCAAUCAACGUGUUGUCCUCGUCCAAGGUGCUGGCGAACGAAAUAUCGGAGAAGCAGGUUUGUCUUCACUCUUGUACCUCUCUUGCUUAAUGUGCCUUUUGGUUGCCUGGUGUAGAUUAAGAGCCACAAUGGUUGCUUUUAUGUAUAGGGUUCACUUUAAUACUGGUUUAGGCUAUACACGCCGUGUUCAUAUGACAAAAAACUACCAUCAUUCUAAAUCAAUGUCCCCACAGUUCCGAGUUGCUUAAAGCCUCCGCUUUAAAAGCUAUAAUGUCUGAAAGUUUUCGCUUGUCAUGCAGAUAAAACUCAUUUCACCAGAAAGGGUUUGCACUCUUCCGUUUUACAAGUGAGAGUUUUCGGAACUCGGAAGUGGCCCAACCGAAUUUCUUUCGAUGCUUCCUCUGUAAUAAGGAGAGAGAACGGUUCGUAAAUAGGGAACGCCUGCUUGUGUUCUAGUCUGCCACACAGCCGUUUUUAGUGUCGUCACGCAGUUAAACAGUUAGUAUUGGUUUUAUUUGAGCUAUUUUGCUUUUUGAUUUAGGCCAUAGCUGAUGAGACAGAGCGGAAGAUAGACACUACCCGUAUGGGUUACACACCCAUCGCCACCCAUUCAGCCGUGUUGUUCUUCUCCAUUGCUGACCUGGCCAAUAUCGAACCCAUGUAUCAGUACUCUCUCACCUGGUUCAUCAAUCUUUUCAUUUUGUCCAUCGACAAUUCGGAGAAAUCCGAAGUCUUAGAGCAACGGUAAGAUUCUGAAAGGGGAAGGAUGGUUCCACUUCUUUAGUGUCCCUCGGUACCAAUAGAUUGAUGGCGCUAGAAAUAAUGAUCUCCAAUUAAGCGUUAGUGGUUUGUGGAACCUUCAGUAAAAAUUCAAAAACGUACAGCAGAAAGCUUCAAAGAUGUAAGGUUUCCAGUUUCGUUGAAAAAAAAAUUCUGGCAGAUUUCAACUCGCGUUCUCGCGAUUAGAUAUUCGAGCGUUCUAACUGACUGAGCUAGGAGGUUAGACAUGAACAAAUGGUUUAGCUCAAGAUAUUUACUUGCAAUGGUGGACUUAUAUCGGAGUAAUAGUGUUCUUAUAUCGGUGCAAUAGUUGACCUAUAUUGGUGCAGUAGUGGACUUAUAUUGCUGUAAUAGUGAACUUACAUUGGUACAAUGUAAUGUGCAUUGCGUUUAUAGGUUGACGAAUCUGACGGAUCACUUUACCUACUCACUGUAUUGUAACGUGUGCCGCUCGCUGUUUGAAAAAGACAAGGUAAGUUUCUUGGAUAAUACAUUUAUUUACCCCUUCUUAGCUGGUAAGUUUGAGUGUGAUAUGUUGAAAACUAUCAAAGUUGCAAAGUCGUGAAAUAUUGACAUGAAGAAAUGAUCGUCGCAGUGAACGCAAUUUAUGCAAUUGCGUAAAGAAGCCUGAAAAAAAAAAAUAGUCAGGACUUCCGUGACCUCACAAUUACCAGUGCGACGCUCUACCAACUGAGCUAUGAAGCCACUGACGUUGGGAGCAGGUCAAUUGUGGGUUCAUAUGUAACCGGUAAAGAAAUGAGUGUUAAUGAUAUAUGAAAUAAAUCAUAUAUGAACUGCGGAAAUGAUCUGAAAAUGAAGAAAUGAUCGUCAGGAUGCAGAAUUUUUUUGUGAUGCAGUUUUGGUGUUCGUAACUUGGCCCCCAUCAUACAACGUCUGUUCAAUUUCGCGACUUUGUAGAGCUUUAUUUUUGCUCGUUUCUGUCAAAACACUUUCAAACUUAGCAGGUUUCAGAGGCGCUCCUUCUAGCAUUGUCGAUGGAUAUUUACUAACUGGUCCGUAUUCAAAAUGAAAAAUACUUUUAAAGGGUCUAAUUUGUUACCAAAUUACCUUUUUUUCAGCUGCUAUUCUCGUUCCUGUUGUGCGUCAAUCUUCUGAAAAGCAAAGGAGAAGUCUGUGAUAAUGAAUGGCGUUUCCUUCUGACUGGCGGAGUGGGCCUGGACAACCCACAUUCCAACCCUUCUUCGUGGCUGCCGUCGAGGUCCUGGGACGAGCUGUGCAGGCUGGAUGACUUAUCUCCGUAAGUUGCACUCUUCAUUUCCCUUUACAACUGCAGUUCCUUAGUCUCGAUCGCAGCCGCCCGGGCCGAAGUCACGCAAUGCUCCCUCGCCCCCACGAGGGUGAGCAUUGCGUCACUCCGGUCCGAGCGGCUGCGAAGAAGACUAACAGUUCCCCAGUCCAGCCAAAAUUACUUUUUGUUUGUAAAAUCUCCAUUGUUCUGUUUUGUUUUUUAUUCUGAUCACUGGUUUCUUUUUACUGUUUUCAGUUUCCUGAUAUCUGCUUUCUAUAUUCCAUUUUCGUCUUCCACUCUCUGAUUUCAGCUUCCUACUUUCUGCGUUCUGUUUUCGGGUUUCUUUUUUCCGUUUUCUCUACACAUCGCUUCGACAAUUAGCCAAAAGCACCUAAAGUAACUUAGACCCUCCUUCACUUAUUCGUUUCUGUACUCACUCACUCCUUUCUGCACGUGUUUUGUGCCUUGCAGUUUUAAGGGAUUCCGACAAAAGUUUCCAAAGCAUUUGGAAGGAUGGAAGAAGAUUUACGAUAGUAAUGUAAGUAUACCGUGAUAUAUUAUUGAUAUACCGUGAAAUUCCGAAAAUGAGCCCAAGGGCUUAUAUUUUUCAACGGCCCUUUUUGAGGGGCUUAUUUUUGGAGAGGCUUAUAUUCGGAGGGACUUAUCUACGGAGGGAAAUUUGCGUUUCAAAAUCGAUUGUCUAGCCUUAUAGCUGAAAAGAAAUUUACCGUUUUUGCUUUGUUUUACUUUGUAUUUGGGGGCAAUUUCCAAGUACAAGCCCCCGGGGGGCUUAUAUGUGGAGGGGCGAUUUAACGGGGUUUUUUUUCGCGUUACGGGUUUAGGGCGCCUAUAUUUGGAGGGGCUUAUACACGAAGGGGCUUAUUUUCGGAAUUUUACGGUAUAUGAAGUUUAUCGUACCCUUUCAAACGAACAACAAAAUCAAGAAGGAAAAUAAAUUUCCUGAAAGUUAUACAGUCUAUACUCUUUAACUACAAAUGUUGCUUUUGUAAUUUUUUGUAGGAACCUCAGAACGAGCCUUUGCCAGGAGACUGGAACGAGAAACUUGGCCAGUUUCAGAAAAUGGUGAUUCUGCGCUGCCUUCGUCCAGACAAGGUUUGUAACUAGUACACUCUUCCUCUUCAUUAUAGUAACGUAAUGUUUGCUCGACCAGUGUGUGUGGACGGAAACUACAGUCUCAGAAACGUCUUCGUCCGUUGCAUCUGGAAAGAAUACGCUCUUUUGUGUCUAGCUAGCAUUUGCGUAGCUCUUGGUUAGUGCAGAAGAGAGAAAAAAGCUAGCGAGCGAGCGUAAAAUGGCGGGAAGAGAGGGGGGGUCUCUUCCCAGCGCCCACGUUGUUUCUUACAAUUUUUCUCGAGCCGCCUUUCCUAUUUUCUUAGAGCCAGAAACAGUCGAGAGACUAGCGUUAUCUCCAUCCCCGGGAAAACGCAUGGAAGGAAAGCUUUGCGUCUUUGUACUAUUCGUCGUGUAAUUGUUAUAUAAAAUUUUGCUACGAUCAAGCAUCUCCUCUGUUAAACGUCAUAGGACCGAAAAUAUCCUUUUCACGGCGUUCGGAUUGUGCGGACGUCGCAAAGAGAUAUGAGCGGGUAAAACAGCGAAGGGGUGGGGUAGGGGGCUGACUUUCGCGCUGCACUCCUUUAUCUGAAUGCUAGGCCUUCCUUAAAAGGUCUUGCCAAGGAUUUCUUUAGUAAUUUUGAGUUGCCUUUUGCAAAUACCAAAUUAGUUUUAUGUUUACCUUUCAGAUCACGCCCGCAGUGCAAGACUUUGUUACUGUCAAGCUUGGUAAACAGUUUAUUGAGCCACCUCCGUUUGAUCUGGGCAAAGCUUUCGCUGAUUCCAACUGCUGUGCACCUCUGAUCUUUGUACUGUCGCCUGGAUCUGAUCCUACAGCCGCGCUGCUCAAGUUCGCUGAUGAUCAGGUUGGUGCGGAACAGUCUCACUAUUGUUGUUCUACACUUUCUUCUCAUUCCCCCACGUUUUUGAAAGAUCUCAAUUUGCGGGACUGUAUUUCUUAAACACUUCAGCAUUUCAAUGGGAAAAAGUGGCAGCUUUACUGCUUUUCCAGUACUAGUACAUAUACAUAUCAAAGUUGAAAUAAAAAAGACCGUGGAGGGGUCUUUAAUCUAUAUCUUUUUAAUAAUGGGACUGGGUCGAAAUUGUAAAAUCACAGCUCAAAUUUUUUGUCUUCUUCGUCCCCGACUUUUGAGCAAAUAACCAUUCUUGUUUCAAUGAUGAAAAAUAUUUAGCGCGCGAAGGACGAUGGGAAGAGGGAAAAGACGGCUCUUCCUCCCUUCUUCCCUUCCCAUCGUCUCCCACGCGCUUUGUUUUCUCUCUCCUGAGUCUCCUUAUGACACAAAGAGAACUCUGCGUAGGAAAGAAUGUCUGUAUAAUAAGCUGUAGGAAUGAAUAGGUUUGAUUGACAGUCUUGUUUUUUUAUCUGUCACAGGGUUUCAGUGGAUCAAAAUUGAGCUCACUAUCACUGGGUCAGGGACAAGGUCCAAUUGCCAUGCGCAUGAUAGAAAAAGCUAUCAAGGAUGGCACGUGGGUAGUACUACAGAACUGCCAUUUGGCAACUUCGUGGAUGCCAACACUUGAGAAAGUCUGUGAGGUAAAGUAAUUUAGUCUUAACUUUGAUUGUGUACUUCUUCGGAUCAUCCCCGGGGGUAUGACGUAAUGUUCUCGGCAGUCUUACAAGAUAUUCGGAAAAUCCGGAAACUGCUGGUUAACGCAUUGACACUGUUCGGAAAAUCUUUGCAGUAUUCCGGAAAAUUGUUUAAACUACGUCAAGAGCGUAUGCUACUGCGCUCUCCAUGAAGAUUUUGACUUGAGUGAUGAAAAAUAUUACACUUUUCCGCGCAGUCAAUUUCUUUGUAAGCAAAAGCUUUUGUCAUUGUGUUUAGCAACAAGUACUAGGUUUAGGGUGAGGAUGUUAUAUUGAAGUGUUAAUAGAGAUGGCAUCAACUCUUGUCCGUUGUCGUCCUAGCCAUGCCGAGGUGUAACCGUUUUAAGUAAGGCGCAAAUGCGUUCUUCCCUCGUAACACCCCUAGUAUAAAUGCGGUCGUUGACAUUGUGAUUGACUCAGUAACCCAGCGCUUUAAUAACUUAAACUGAUAUUCAAAUGUUCUUCGAUUCCUUUUACUCGUGUUACAGGAGUUCAAUCCAGACGCGACACACCCGGACUUCCGUCUGUGGCUGACAAGUUACCCGUCACCAAACUUUCCAGUGUCCGUGCUGCAGAAUGGCGUCAAGAUGACGAACGAGCCUCCGAAGGGACUUCGCUCCAAUAUAGUACGAUCGUACUUGAGUGACCCCAUCUCGGACCCUGAGUUCUUCACUACUUGUAACAAACCGGUCAGUAACGUACACCAAGUUUUUCUUAUACAUUUAAGCGUCGCGUUUUGUUGUAGAGUAUUGUGGAAGGCUUUCCAAGUUAUAACCACAGACGGAAUAUUUGGAAGCACUUGUACAGCAUAGUUAACAAUACUACAGACUGCGCAGCACCUUUCAUUUGAAUAGUCGCGUUCCACUGACUCAAAAGUUAGAACCACCUUGUACGGCAUUUUAAACAGUACCACAGGAAAGUGCUGCUCGGUAGCUUUCAUUUAAAUGGUCACACCAUAGGAUUAUUUAAAUCCACAAACUAAAAAGUUGGAACCCGGUACAGCGUAAUAAACAGCACGCAGGAAUGAGCUUAUUAGUGGCUUUCAUUUAGUGCAUGGAUACAUGUCAACGACGUUUUCAUGAUUUUUCCCUUACAGAAAGAGUUCAAGAAAAUGUUGUUUGGCUUGUGCUUUUUCCACGCCAUCGUCCAAGAACGACGUCAGUUUGGUCCUCUGGGCUGGAACAUUCCGUAUGAGUUCAACGAAACUGAUCUGCGUAUCAGUGUUCGACAACUGCACAUGUUCAUGAAUAAAUAUGAUGUAAGUGUUCUACUGGGAUGGUUUAACUACUACUCAAAAUAUCCACCGUUUCUCUUUGGCACUAUGCAUGACGUCAUAGAUGUUUACGACGUCAUUUAUGACGUGCAGUGAGAAACAGUUCCACUGUCAGAUUCUUUUAAUCUCGAAGUUUCCAUUGUAGACGAGCGUUACUGGGAAAAGUACUUACUAUCCAGCUAUACGUCAAAACGAUUUUCUCACCUAGGGGCUAGACAUUAGGCGCACAGUCAGAAAGUAUCCGUUUAAGAGUAAUGUCCGUCUUAUAGAGAGUCAAUUAUAGGGAGUAAAGAAAGGCAAGGACCAACUCUGGGUGUCCGUUUUACAGAGGUGUCCUUUCAGAGCGAAUCACCUGUAUUGACUAUUUUCCAAUUCCCCAUAAUACACUUUGUCUGCCCCCCAAAUUUUGCAUAACUUAUUGUCUUAAAAUGCUCUUGGGAAAAUGCAAUACUCCCAGGAGCAUUUAAAAACAAUGGUUUAUGCAAAAUUUGGGGGGCAAACAGAGCGUAUUAUGGGGAAUUGGAAAAUAGAGAAUAUAGACUGUUUUCACAUGACGUCAUGGCGGCCAUAUUGGUGUCCCAAAACAAUGAAACGGCGGCCAUGUUGGUUUCCCGAACCGGUCUGAAAACGCUCUACAGGUUUCUUCAUCACUAUUUUAAUGUGCGCUGGUGCAUGUUUUUGCUUUUACAGGACGUCCAGUACGCUGCUCUGAGCUACCUCACGGGAGAAUGCAACUACGGAGGCCGUGUAACUGAUGACCGUGAUAGACGAACCCUGUUGACUAUCCUGGAUAAAUUCUACUGCGCGGCCAUUAACGACAAUGAAGACUACAAGUUUUCACCAAGCGGCAGUUACUUUGCUCCCAAAGAAGGCGACUACGAAUCGUACAUCGAGUAUGCACGCAGCCUUCCGCUCAUUGCGCAUCCUGAGGUAUUUGGAAUGCACGCCAACGCAGACAUCAGUAAGGACCAACAGGAAACCCAACAGCUGUUCAACAGCAUCCUUUUGACGCAGUCUCGAGCUUCAGCCAAAGGUGGAAAAUCCGACGACGAGAUACUCUUCGGGGUGGCUGAGGAUAUUUUGCAGAAGCUGCCUAAGAACUUUGACACGGAAGCUGCAUUGCGGAAAUACCCCACCACGUAUACCCAGAGUAUGAACACUGUACUGGUGCAGGAAAUGGUCAGGUUUAAUAGGCUGACAGAAGUCGUGCGAUCUUCGCUCAUCAACAUACAAAAAGCUAUUAAGGUAAAUGAAAUUUAAGAUGAAGUGAAGCAUUUUUUAUAGAGAUCUUGUUAGAAGUUUUGACUAAACUUAGAGUAGAGUCUUUAUUCCUUUAAAGUCAACCCUCCUUAAGGCAGACGCCAUUGCGACGGGAAGUGUCUGCGCGCCUUUUAGAGAGUCAGAGAAAAUGACUGAAAAUGACUUACUUUAGGUGUCUGUAACUGUUACUUAUUAGAAGAGAGCUGACUGUAUUACUGAACCCUCUCGAACUUGUCGCUGACUGAAAGUAAAUACAGUUUCCCCUGAGGUGGAAUUAGUACGUCAGACAACCUCUGUUAUUUCAAAUCAUGUUUCGUUCAUUGGACAAGUGCACACUGCACUUGUGUCUUAAGGAAAUCUACCCGAGCUAUACAUAUUUAAAUUCCUGGCGGAAGAAUAUUACCUUUCGUCGCAUACCUUACCCCGUCGGUAGAGACAUGUUACCGUUUCCUCUUACCCCUCCCUGCCUGGUAUAUAUUUUGCUUCUUUUUCCACGGGGUAUGCGCACUUACAGGGUGUAGUUUUCGCUGCGUGUUUAGGAAUGGGACUCACUUAGUCAGUUAACCCGAAGUUUUAUAUGUUUCCUUUUCAUUGUUCCACAGGGCCUGGUUGUUAUGUCCUCUGAACUAGAGGAGGUAGCGAGUGGCAUCCUUAAAGGAAAAAUCCCUGGUCUGUGGAUGAAGAAGUCCUAUCCCUCUCUUAAACCACUCGGCAGUUACGUCAACGAUCUGAUUGCUCGCCUCAAGUUUCUCCAAGAGUGGUAUGACAACGGAGCGCCUCCUGUGUUCUGGGUAUCUGGAUUUUUCUUCACUCAGGCCUUCUUAACGGGAUCAAAGCAGAACUACGCCAGAAAAUAUACCAUUCCUAUUGAUCUCCUAACGUUUGACUUCGAGGUUCUUGACGACAAGAAUUAUGACACUCCACCCGAGGACGGUGUCUAUGUUAAUGGCUUGUUCAUGGAAGGCUCUCGAUGGGAUCGAGAGAAGAGAGUGAUUGGAGAGUCGCACCCGAAAGCUUUGUAUGACAGCAUGCCUGUUAUGUGGCUCAAACCCUGCAAGAAGGAAGACAUUGUUGAUCGGCCGCACUAUGUCGCCCCUGUUUACAAAACAAGCGAGAGAAGAGGUACGCUCUCUACCACAGGCCACUCCACUAACUUUGUGAUGGACAUGCGCCUGCCAUCUGAUCAGCCACAGUCCCAUUGGAUCAUGCGUGGUGUGGCUCUACUUUGCCAGUUGGAUGACUAA